GGGGGGAGAGGGGGUGAGAGAGGAGGUGACUCUCCGGCAGCAUUUAGACACAACGAAAGGAUCAUGGCGGAUGGCCCCAGGUGUAAGCGCAGAAAGCAGGCGAACCCGAGGAGGAACAACGGUGAGUAAAAGUACUUCCGACGCGGAGCUUUGCUUGUUGGGGAACGGUCUGGAGGCUGCCGUGUCUCCCGGUAAUUUCACCGAAAAGUUUGGUCCGGUUUCGGGUAACUGGAAGUGCUGGGAAGUAGCAAGUGAGCGCUGUAUUACAGCCCUAUGUGGUGUACCGUUAUACCUGGGUCGCGUCUCUCCCUCCGCCUAGCGGUCCGCUGCACCGGAGACCGUUAUACGCACCUCACCCUGUAAUAAGCGGAGCCGCUUUUGUCUCCACUUUACAUCUCUUUAUUCAUUUUAAUACACUUUUAACCCCGUUACACACCUCCCAUUCAUUGAUUUAGUUUCAUUCUUUCGAGUUUUUGAGCCCACCACUGAACUCGGACCUGUUUCUGUGGGAAACACGCUACCUGAUUGUUAAUGCGGACCUCGACGGACUCGUUAUUUUUGACAGUUUUUCUUCAGAUUAGAUGAGACAUUGCUAUCAUUUAGUCCAAAUAAGUUCUGAGCAUCACUGCAUGUUUGUGAAACAGAAGAAACACAACUGUUUGGUUUGUUCUUUCUUUCUUUUUCUCACUCGGAGCAGGUAGCGACCGGACACUGUUGCUGAAACUACACGGGCUUAAAAACGUCUUUUACGCAUUCGGAUUUGCCUACUGUUUACUUCCAACUACAUUUAUAUAUCAGUAGCAUAUUUUUAAUGAGUUACAUUAGAAAAUAGAAUAAAUAUGUGCGGUUUUGUUGUUGAGCCACGCUUUGGACGGUCCUUUUCCUUCAUUCUUUAACUUAUUUCAUUGUUUUGUUUCUGCUCUGUUGAUACCGUACAUGAUAAGUGUUUAAAACCCGUCUGGUGUUGAGGUAGGGGCUGAAGACUAGUUGUAACAUGGAUGGGGUAACAGAGGUUCCGGGGAACGAGGAAUAUCUCACGCGCUGUUUGUGUGAGCAGAGCGAGCGCAGCCCAUAUAAGGACAGCGGAUCCUCUCCAGUCGCGCGCAGGGAAUCCUGAUUCUUGUAGGACCGUGGACACGAGCGAGGCUUUUAACACACGUUUUACCUUUUCUGAUACUGAUGACUUUUAUUAAGCCCGUGUUUACAUAAUUCAAGUGGAGAUUAAUCGAUUUGGAUUUGAUUUCCGUUUCGGUUAGCGGAGAUGAUCGGGUUUUACGCACGUUAUUGUGUUAUUGUGGUUAUAUCAUCCACAGAGGAGCCCAAACGGCUCGCUUUGAGGACACUUGAUUACCUUCGUGUUCGUCAUUAUUAGUUGUGUUAUUGUAGUGUAAAUGACUUCCAUGAGUUGUAGCCACUCGUCUGCUUUCCUGCCUUUUUCGUGUAUUCGCGUCGUGGGUCGAUGUGAACGCAUGAAGCCACGGUGUGGACUUCUAUUUUUAAUUAUUUUAUUGUGAAAGGACGCGUUUUUGUCGCGGGUGUGACAACAUGUGUUGUCUAUCAAGCAGACUAGUCGUGCUCAUGUGUUGUGCCACCCAGUGUACUUAAAAGGAGCUCUGCUUGUGUUGGAAACUCAGCGUUAUUUUGUCAGACAAACCUGUAUUAUCAGAUAGAAGAUGGUGAGAGUCGCUUCAGAGGAACAGUCGCGACUUUCUUCGGGUUCAAACAGCUCUUCUGUGUAUCCGUGGGAGGAGAAUCUACGGUGCUUUUUCUAGUGCGUGUAAAUUUUCCGAUGAUUGGACACGGCGAUAUGGACACAUUUCCAUCGGGCGCUAUCGGUGUUGGACGCUAACAUGUCACUUUUAAUGCAGUGUGCUCAAGUGUUAGGUUCAUCUUUCUUUAUGUAACUGUGUGAGUGCGCGCGCGCGCGUGUGUGCAUGCGUGUGUGUGGAGGACACACCUCAGAUAACGGUCCUGCUGUCAAGGUGUGGAUGUGUCUUUGCCUUGAUAAUGACAGGCAGUUUGAUUCUCUCUGAAGAGGCUGAGUUCGUGUUAACUGUAGCUGUGUUAAUCUUUAAUCCUAACUUUGACCACGGCUUUGUUAAAGGUUUCUCGCCGCUGACACGGGCCUGUUGAUAUUUAAAGUCACAUCCCAAAGGAAACAGAUGUUUGAGUCAUUUGCAUUUGCUUCAAAGAGCCAUGAGGGUCCGCUUUUAAGUCCUCACUUCCCACCACCUCCUGACAAAGCAGCUGAUCUGUCAUGUAAAUCAACAUCUCAGGUGGAAAUUACUUGUGUAAAGUUAGAUCAAAUGCUGCAUGUUGUCAUCAGAGGUACAUUGAUUUCCCGUGUAAUUGUUCUUUUUUGAAGUUUUUUUUUAUUCAGUGGUUUUAGUUUUAGUUUUUAUUUUCUGGAGAGUUUACUUUUCUACCUAACACUAACUGUAUUGGAGACAUAGAUGCUUCAUGAAUGGCAGCUGGCUGAUUGGAGGGCAUCUACACUGCAAAAAACUCACACUUCACCGAGUGAAUUUGCCUUCAUUUUUGUGACUAUAUCCCAUCACUCUUGAUGUAAGCUGUGCUGACUUGUCAGGUGCAAAUACAGCUCUCUCUUUUUUGUCAUAUUCCAGGACAAAAUCUUCUUGACAAGUUUCUUGAAGCAACUCUUGUUAAAAAUUUUUUGUCUUUGCUGUAUGGACCGCCAUCUUUACACUUUAAAACCAAUAAAGUCCUUUUUUUUUGGCCCAUAAUACGUCUAACUGCAUGACUUUAGUACGCAGAGACUGUCAACAAAGUGCAAAACAAACGAAAUGUUGCAGAAAUAUUCAACAAGUUCACCCUGGAUGGGUGCAGAGUCAGAAUCAUUUCAACAAUAAAUAGGGGGAAAAAACCUUUUCAAUACUCAUGAGCAUAUUGUACACUCUCAUAACUCUCUGUCAUAUGUUGAAGUAAGUGUUUUGUAAUCAACGCUUUAAAUACUUGUCACAUAAAGUACUUUUUCCUUUUAUUUGACUAGAAUAACAGACUUGUUUUACUUCUAAUUAAGUAAAAAGUCCCCAAAGUGACUUCAAUUUUACUGAGGUUGAUUAUUUUAAUCAUUUUUACAUCUUUGUAUCAAGUCUUUUUUUCGCAGUGUUGCCAGGAAACAUCUUUGGCUCACUAUUUAAAAGCCAAAAAAUAAAUUCAUUAGUCAUUGCUGGGGCUUUUAUGAUUAAUCACCCAGCUUGUUGUGGUCAGCGGCCAUGCCAGGCCUCUGGCACAAACUGAGGGAGCAGAGAUCAAGGUGAGCUCCAUUCCCCGCUGUAAACAGAGAGGUGUUAACAGCCUGCAGGACGACAGGUGUUUGCAAUCGGCGGGAUACUGCAGCUUCCUUUGUCGCUUCUCCCCAGUCAGCUCCCCUCAGGAAUAGCAGCCGUUCCCUGCAACGGUAAUUUAACACAGCAAUUUGGGAAUAGAGGAAUGCGCCCGGUGUUAACAUUCUUUGUAAAAAUAAACAGGCCUGUGCUGGGACAGCUUUGUACCCUCGCUCAGGAGCUCAGAGCUAAUGUUUGCAGAACGCUGUUUCGGAGACAACUUGAAAUGCAUACAGGUAGUUAGGAUUUCUAUUUAUUUGACAAUAUUGCAGGAGUAAUUUGUCUAAUCUGCUAAUGCGUCUCGCUCUCUCUCUGAGGCAUACUCACACUCUUGCACCUUGAUGAAUCAUCCAUCACAGAAGGAAAAUGAGGCUGCGGGUUCGGCACUUGGCAGCAACUCAUGUAAUGCUGAAGAGCAUGUUUAUUGGCCUGGUAAAACUAUACUUAAACUAUACUUAGUGCCCCGGACUCACUCACCCUGUCAAGAGACUACUGACCACAUGCUGUAAAUUGGAGGCAGAGCAAUAAAAAAAAAAAAACACCAAAAGUUGAAUUUUCUUGGGAGGAACAGGCAGUGUUUUUCACUCCUGAGGAGGUGGGAUUGUUUCUGCAGCUCCACAUGUCACAGCAGUGUUUUAAAGACAUCUGUUUACAUUUAAAAGGUCCACCCCUGUUGCGUGAAGAGUUGAGCGGAGGAGGAAAUUUUCAUUUAUCUCCUUGCUUUUCACCAACUUCCUCGGCAGCUUCAUUUGAAAGUGCCAAGUAAGAAGAAAAUCCCCCCGCCUCCGCUCUCUCUCUCUCUCUCUCUCUCCCUCUCUCUUUCUGUAUGCCUCAGCUCUCACUCCUCCUUCCAGGCUCGUCCUUUAUUUCAGGGGGUUAAGACACAGUAGCCAGGGGUGCUGUUGAUUGCCCCCUGACCUAGGCACCCAUGCGUGCUUAGAGUAUGACUUCACUUUCCCCCCCUGUGCCAUUGUGAGGCUUCCAGCAUGUCCAAUUGUGUUUGUGUUUAAGUCUGUUCAAUGAAAAGGGAAGAGAGAGAGAGGAGGAGGGGUUUGGGGGGGUUGUUGGCGCUGCAGCUUUUUCUGCGCUCCCUCCUUCUCUCCAUCCUCUGACCCCUUAAACUGUGGGCUCCAUGUUCCCUGCGGAGCUGGUGAAAGGGGGGAUGGAGGGAGUUGGUGAGAAGUGGAGAGGUGACCAAAGGAUUUUACAACAGGUGACAACUGAGGGACUGGUGCUGCAAAAGAAGAGGCCUGAAACUCGUGACAUGUUCAGAUUUUUGGAUCAAAGCUAGAAAUAUAAUCAGAAAAAAAAAAUUGGCAAAAUGCUUCAAGUCUAAAAACAGCUGUUUGCUCUAAAAUAACCAGAUGAAAAUAAAGUUAGUCUCUGGCUUAGUUGAAUCAAUCAGCAUGUCCGUCAGGGUGGGAAAAGGCCUGUCCUCAUCUGACCAUUCAGCAGAACUAAAAUGAUGUGAUGUACGACCACACUCCCACCUCUGUAAAGGCAGCUUAAUGAUUAGCUGCUCCCGCGGUGGCUGAGAGCAUUAGCCUAUAAAAAGGUGCUCUCCCUCCGUAAAGACGGAGUUUUAAACCCAGAGUCAGUUUCAGUAACCCCCUUAACUGCGCUUGGAUGUGCUUUAUUGGGGUUUGUGUGGCUGAAUGCCCAAAUGAACCAUUGUGUGUUCAGGCUUUAGUGAGAAAGCCUGAGGAGAAAGAGCCUAGUUACCUUUGCAGUUUGCCUGCUCUACCUCAUACACUUUCAGUGGCAGAAGAAAAGGCCCAUUCAGCGGCCCGGCAUGGGGAGGGAGAGCCCUUUUCACACUCGGCUUGUGGGAAACUUCUCCUCCAUACUGUGCAUGCCAUUUGCAUAUGACCCAUUCUUUUCCCAAAGGUCCCCGCGAGGGAGGAAUCCGUGGAACGUUAGCAGAAUUCAUCAAAUCCCUCUCUCAUGCAGCCCCCGGACCCUCAAGGGCCUGCUCUGCAGAUCCCUGUGGGAUGAAUUUGUUUUGGGAAUACAGGUGCAUCUCACCAAAACAAAACAUUGUGAAAAAGUUUCAUAUUUUUUAUCAGCUGGUUAAGAAAGGGAUUCAUGUAAAGGAGCCUUGACUAAGUACUGACUGCCUUAAUAAACCUACAGCAGUUGGACGAUGCUGUAUUUUAAAUCCUGUUUUUAAUCAAUCUGAGGAAAUAUUCUAAUAAUUCUAAGAUUCUGGAUUUCUCAUUUUUAUGCUAUAGUCAUCAAAAAUUUGUCAAAGUUUACUUUUUCAUAAUAAUAGCAAAGUAAUAAACCUUUUUUAAGAUGUUUGUAUUUGUUGUGAUGCACCUGCAUAGCUUACAUCUACAUUAUGCUUCUUUGCCUUGGCGCUGACACUUCAAACAUCCUCAAUGCAUUUCUAGCCUCGUCCAGACAAGUACAUAAAAACCAGAAAAGUCUAUCUUUUGCUUUGCCUAAAAAAAUCUGCAUUCAGUGAGUACAUUUUGAGACAGUGAACAAAUGGAGUUUGCGGGCCAGGAGUUAGCAGUAAAACAAGCAGUGAAGUUUAUGCAAGUCUUGUCCAGAAGCGUCUUUUGACCGCCCUGAGGUGACGUAGAUGCAGAGUGUUUAACCAGCAAAUAUUAUUUCUGAGCUCUGAUGUUCAGAGUGAUAGUGUUGCAAUCAGACCAAAGUCAAAACAGGUGAACCCUUUCAGACGAGUUGAUUAGUUGGUGAAAACCCCAGUACCAAGCAGACAAAAACAAACCAACAUCUCACCAUGUUGUAGGUAACACUGGACUCAUUACAUACUGGCUUGUGCAGAUUGAGCUGUGAUAUCUAGCAAUUUUCUGGAAAAGUUGACCUUUACUGUUGAAUAUGUGUGAGAGUAAAGAGCAUCUCUGUUAUAUGAAUGUGACACAGACGGUUGUUUUAGGGUCAGGGUGAGGGCUUCAUUUGACUCAGAAGGCAGGUGUUUCCCAAAAACCACUGCCAUGUGUCAUAAGGGGUCCAUCUGCAUGACAGGACAAAGUGACGGGGGCCACACGCCUCGCAGCCUCCCUAACUGACAAAGUCGCAGCCGCCCACAGAUCACAAACACUCUCUGUGAAAGGGACAAAAAUAUUGAGAAUGGAGGGUCAAACAAGGAUGAGGCGGUGGGAGCUUGUAGCGACGCGUCAGCUCAGUGAACUGAACAAAAACACAGCCGUUGAUCUGCAGCGAAAUGUGGCCUCCCAGAAAAAGCAGACAAGGACGGCUUCCUGGAUGUGACACAACUUCUCGAACGGCGUCCUCACUGACAUGCCCGUGAUCAUUAAGUGAGUCGUGUUGGUCUGCGACAGCUCCAAUAGGGCCGGCCCCUGAAACUGAUACUGACACAGAAAGUGGUGUAGGCAAGUAUUUGUAGCAGUGCAGCGUAGGGAGGAGAGCUCAGUUAGGUGUAUCAUGUGUGCUAACAGAGCAGAAAAGCCUCCUCUCCUCUGCUGACUCCAGAGCAGUGAGUCAUGAGCAGACAGGUGUGUUUGCAACCUUACAAUCUCUCCCACUUUAUCCUUUUUUAUUCUCUGUCCCUUGUUCCCUCUCAGUCUCCCCCUCCUUCUUAACCCCUCCCUAUAAGAGAGGGGGUGAGAGAUAAUAUCCUCCACCCCUGUGUAUACUUGAGGGUGAGAUUACCUCUAAAUUGCCAUCCUGGUGGAGGUAAAUAUUGUGUACGGCGAGCCCUGCGCUGCCUGUUGAUGUGUGUUUUUAAUCAUGUAUUUGGUGGCUGCUCUUCAGGUCCACAGUGAGUCCCUUUGGGUUUGUCUGCAGACCCCUCCUCAUCCCCCCCAUCAUCACCACCACCUCCUUCUUUCCCUUCCCUUCCCGCCCAUCUAUCCCCUCCCCCCUCUCCUCUCCUCUCCUCUCCUCUCCUCGUGGUCCUCAGUGGAGCGGUUAAUGAAAAAGACUGGACUGACACAAUAGGCAGAAGGCGGGCCGUGAGGGGCUCUUACGCCAGCUUGUGUUUGUGGCAAAAACUCAUCAGGGCAAACCUCUGCUGGAGCUUCACUUCACACCACCUGACUGUGUCUGUUUAAUCAUCUUUUCUGUUGUCUUUUUGACAAACACGCUGGACGUCUCGUCCUUUUUAAACGUGCUUGACCUUAUUAUCAUCCCACAGCGUCUCUGUCUGCAGGGAUGAAAUUGGAUGACAUCAGAUGAGGAGUAAUCCGCUGCCAUGUUUUGUGCUUUGAACGCAGCCUAGUGGGCUGGCUGUGUGCCAGCCUGUUAUGAUGACCAUAUUGAUUUUCCUCUCGGUAGCACACACAACUGAUAAUGACCCUCCUGAGGGGGUACACAUUCAUAUUCACAUACUGAUUCCAGUUACACAGCCGGCCUGUGAUCUGACUAACAAAUCGAGUGCCCUUCUGUCCCCAUAGCUAGCUAGUUCAGGCUAACCCUGGUGACAACUCCAGCAGGAAAAAAAAAAAAGCCUUAGUCACCAUGUUUGUUAGUCAGACAGAAGGCGGGCUGCUAUGCUGAACGUCAACAUGGAUAAACAUCCACACAGGAUUAAUGAGAGGAGAACAGGCAGCCUGAAAACAGAAGGGAGGGCAGAGCGGAGGGAGGCAUGGAGCAUCCACAUCGCUCCAUUUAACUCAUGAGCGUUUUGUUGAGCCCCCCAUGACCCCGCUAGUGGGACAUAACUUAAGGAGGCAGCCAAGCUUUAACACACUCCACUGUUAUGAAGACAGGCCUCGUGAAUUGUUGUCACAGUGAAUUAAAAAUACAAAACAGUACAUGAAUAAAAAGUGAACGACCACUAAAAACACAUUUUUCUAGUUUGACUCAAUCUUCUUUAUUGAAAUAGAUACUAGAAAAGUUUGGACAUUGUGUAAAAUGUAAAUAAAAACAGAAUUUGAUGGUUUGCAAACAAUUUAAACUAUCAAUUCAGAGGAAACAGAACUAAAAUAUUACUGUUUUGUAAAAAAAAUAUUUCCCUAAUUUGCCAACAACAAGUUUAAAAAAGCUUUUUUAAAAGCUUCUCAAUAGUUCUGGGUCCAAUUGGUGUCAUAUCAGGACUGCAGAAGGCCAGUUUAGCAGGUGGACUCUUCUACUACAGAGCCAUGCUGUUGUAAUGCAUGCAGAGUUCUCUUGCUGCUAUAGGCACUUGUACAACCCCACACCAUCAUGGAUACUUGCUUUUAAACUGUGUGCUGAUAACAAACCCUCUCCUCACUCUCAUCUUUAGACCGGAGCACUCUGUGUCCAUCAUUUCCAAAAAUAAUGUCAAAAUUUGAUUGGUCAGACUGACAGGAAGUUUUCCCUUUAACCCAAUUCCAUUUUAAAUAGACCUGGUCCCAGAGAGGUCAUAGGGUUUCUGGAUUAUGUUAAGAACAGCUGUAACCUACAUUUGUGGAUAUAGCAGAAAUCUGUGUUCAUGGACAAAGUUGGGAGUAAUUUUGAGCUCAUGCAGUGGUUUCCACUACAGAGUCAUGCCUGUUUUAAUGUCGUGCUGCCUGUAGGCCCUGGGAUAACAGCCAGCCAGUAUUGAUUUUCAGCCUUGUCCUUUUUGUACAAAGAUUUCUACAGAUUCUCUGAAUCUUUUAAUGAUGGACAUAUUAGUCUGAAAUUAUUGAAGUAUUUGUUCAUGUAGUCUUUCAUAGAAUGGUAAAUCCUCCUGAGGGGACUCUGCCUCCUCUGAGUGUCCCCUUUUUGUCCCAAGUCUUAUUACCUACCUUUUUCUAACUGUAUUUAGAUUGGAGGUGUCCCCUAAGGUGCUUUCUAUAACAUUACACAACUUUUUGUGGUCUACAGUUCCAUUAAAUAUUAGGCUGCAAACACUCUCCCUACUUUUUAAUAAAAACAUUUCCCUGAUGUAAACAAAAACAUUUUUUCAAGUUUCAACAUUAAACAAGUUGGAUUUGCAUCCUUAUCAAUGAAAAUAUGUGAUUUAAGCAAUUUGAGCGCCAUCAGAUUCUGUUUCUAUGAAUAUUUUACACAGCAUUCCUAAUGUGCUUUGUACCCGUACAUUAUUUUCUAACAGUGUUAGAGUUCAAUUGUGUUUUUUUGUAGUUUUAGUGCAAAUUAUAAUGUUAGCUGUAAAGAAACAGUCAAAGAAAUACCUGUCAUUAAAGGGUUAAUCAACACAGUUAUAUAAAACUGUAAGCUAACACAUGUUUGGGGUUAUAUGGUCUUUUUUUGUUGUCUAUGUUUUGCUCAGUUAAAAUGAUGGAUGGGUUUGUGUUCUUGCUAUUGUAGUCCGACCUGUGCAUUUCGUCAGCGCACGUACCCCACACAUCGCCUGUGACACAUUAUUGACUGAAAGCAAAGUACAGAGUUCAUUUUUGUUACACCGCUUCUCUGUGACUCUGGGAACUGGAGCUUAGCCAGUAACCUUUGACCCAUCACAGCCCACCUGUCCUGGCUCAGCCUUCCACCGCCAGUGUUCAGGUGUUUACAGUCAAAACAUGCCCACCUCUCUGAGCACGUUCCAUAAAUACAUAUGGGUGUAAUGUGCGUCGCACUGGAGGCGGUACAGUGAAGGGGAGUAGAUACCCUCAGAGCUCCAGAGCCAGGCGAUCGUGCAUCUGUCUUCUUACUCAUGCUGACAGGGCCCUCCCCUCUCUUGUUACAGUGGCGCCGGCGCCUUUUCCUCCAAGUCAAUGAAGCAUGGCCUUUAAUUGAUCACGUUCAGAGUUGUACAACACUAUUAAUUAGUGCUAGCUCAUCACUUGUUUGUUUGUUUUGUUCUGCAGCCCCCAUCAUAACACCACUCAUUAGUUACAUAAUGUGUAAGCUGCAUGCCAGUACGCUUACAUCAACAGACCACCACGUCAUCAGGUACUGUCCCUCACCUUCCUCCUGUGACCCAAGGUUUUCUCUCUCCCCCACUAUUCGCUCCUUUUCUGCUGUCUCUCACUCUCUCUGGCAGCUGCCUUGGCUCUGAUUCUCUAACACCAGCAGGUGCUGGAGGCAUGCAGCAACUCAGCUAUACAACACUCAUAAAUAACACCUGACAAAAGUAUAAGAGAGCCAGAGCCAGAGAGAGGGAGGGAGAUUGAAAGUUUCCUCUGGCAGGAGAACAGGGUGUGGCUCACGGUCAAAUGCGGCCUCCUUAAGAAGGACAUGUUCAGAAUAGAGAGAGUUAUUAUCAGCAGGAGGGAAAACAAAAGAACGAGAGGUCUCUAGACUGGGAGUUGAAAGUUUGUGCCUCUUCUUGACGAAAACUUUUCAAUAAACCCCUUUUAUGCAAAUUCAAAUGGAUCUUUUUAAUACAAGGACAGCACUAAGUGAGAGGGAACUAUUUGAAGGAGGGGAGCGUUAUCUUUUCUGCAAUUAGGGUGUAAAAGCUAGGAACAAUGUUAAUUGUGCUCUAAAAGCAAAUGACGAGGUCAGGAGAGGAAUUAUACACACACUCUUAUAAUCACAGCAGGUAAUGAACCGGCACUUGGAAUAAAUGAACCCAUAAAUCAUCCCUGAUCGAGGGUUAUUAAUGAACACUGCUGAAAAUCAAGUCCCUGUCAUUUUAUGCUUUUUAAAUCCACCAACGCAAGACACACAUCCUGUCUCAUCAGAAGCUAUCGAUCAGCCUCUCAGGGUGAAGGUUAGUUUGUCAUUUUCUCCUGCCUGGCCGUGAACAAAACCAGGAAGUGUGUGAGAGAUUACGGCCCAGGAUGCAACCUGAAAGCCCUUUAUCUCUGUGAAAACAAGAGGCUUCCUGCAGUUCUGCUCCCAUCCAGGCCACCUCCCCCCUCCUUCACCUUCCACGGCCCCGAGCACCUGUGGCAGCCUAUUUAAGGCGGCUCAUCAGGGGCUACAGAGACCUCAAACUGGGGGCCAGACAAAAAUGAAAGCCUGGAAAAAGAAUCAAUGCUAUUGCUAAACUGUAGACCUGUCUGCUUCACACCACACAGAGGGCAAAGAAAACAGCAUCUCCUUUCAGACACACUAAAAAGAUCUGGCUCUGUAAAUGGAGGGGUGAGCCAGUGAGCGAAUAAGGUUUUUUUUGUGUGGAGAGUACCUUUCUGUCCUGCUGAGACUGGGAAACAGGGCUGAAGGACACUACUCCCAGGCUUGCCCAUGAGAAGCAAACAGUGCCCGGACACAGUUUAACACAAAGUAGAGUCCUGUCCUUUCUGCCCUAUCAUACCAUCUUUUAAAGAAGUCCAUUUCUUGGCUUUGCAGCAUUUUGGUGCCUCUUUUGUUCUGCUUUUCUGAAACAGUUUCCUCCUGUACCAGAACCACCAACAGUGCCAUAAUGUUGGUUACCUAAUGUUGUGCUGUUAGCCCGGAUUCCCUUGCCAAUUUGAGUCUCUGCCACAGUUGGCAUGAGUGGCUCUUCUUUACAGACAUUUGCAUAGAAUUACAAUGAUCUCCAUCCUCUUCAUGGCCCUUAUAUACCGACCUAAGCCUUGAGAUUUCUCCUUAAACUUGUGCUUUUCGUGAGCAAAUAUCUUGUUUAGUGUCAGACCCAAAACUUCAUAGAAAAAAUUUGACCUUUUGCACAUUGAGUAGAAAAUCACUUUGUCUCUUCUGACGUCUUUCUCAAAAUUCCACAUCUAGUUUGGUGAUUUGAUGAGCAGGCAGUGGUGCAUAUAAUCAUGUUGGUUACCUAAUGUUGUGCUGUUAACCUGAAUUCCUUUGCCAAUUUGAUUCCCUGCCACAGUCAGCGAGGGUGGUUCCUCCUUGAUAGAGGUCUGCAUAACAUCGCAUUGACCCCUGUCCCUUCACAUGGUCUUAAUAUACCGAUCUUAUUAGUUGUGUCCCAGAUCAGGGGCAGGAUUCUUUGAAGCACCUGGAUUGCAUAGAAUCCAUUUUUUAAUCCUUUGUAUACAGCAUUUAAACUGAGAGGUGUAACCUAACUUUUUGUUAAGAAACACAAUUAUCACAUGUACAGGACAAAAUUAGCAAAGAUAGCUUUGUCCACAGGGGGCGCCAAAAUCAACACAAACUGAAAGUUCCUCAGUGGAGCUUUAACCACCAUCACCAUCUCUUUAAGCUAAUUUCAAAUUUCAAGUGUCCAUCCCUUUUACACUUAAAUUGCUCAUUUUGCCUCUGAGUUGCAGCUGAACACUCGUGUAUUGCUUGUUUGAGAGUUUGCCAUCUGGUUUGAAUUUGCAUGCAAAAACCAUGAAAUAUCAGGCUGCAAGCAAUGCACCUACUGCACCCUUUGCAGUCAGGAAAAACAGGGUGACGGUUGUUGAUGCGUUUGGUCUUCAAAGCGCCCCUCAGAGGAUGCAACCUCAAUGAUUUCUGCCAUUAUUUUGGAUUUUUUUGAGCAAGCAAAUCAAAUGAGAUCCAGAUCCAGAAAACCUCUUGGUUACCCAAUUUGCUGAUCUGUUACUAAGGAUAGUCUUUCUUGUUCGAGGUCUGUCUGAAACUUGAUGUGUAAGCACUGGCGCACAGAUUUGCAUUGGUUAUCUAAUGUUGUGUUGUUAACCCCUAAUCCCUUGCCCUUUGAGUCCCUGCCACAGUUGGCAAUGGUAGCUUAACUUAACAAAAGUCUGCAUGGACUCCGUCUGACCUCUGGCCUCUAUAUGAUCUAAUUCUGCUUAUUUAAACAUAAAAGUCCAGCUUUCAUCUGCUAAUUUAAUAACUAAGAAUUAGGGAAUCAAAUUUUGUUGGUUCUCUAAUGCUGAAUUGCUAAACCCAAAGCGUCUGUCAUGGAGAACACUGUCCGGCCUCUUUGAGUUGCUGCCACAGCUGGCAGGGGUAGUUUGUCUUGACAGUAGUCUGUGUAGAAUUUCAAUCACCCCGCCCCCCUCCCUGCUCUUAUUAUGCCAUUGCUGCUAACUGGCUCCUAUUCACUGCAGUGUCCUGACUUCCCAGAGGGGCCUAGAUAAACAAGGGCUAUUCAGUCACUGAAAGCCCCCCCCCCCUCCUGCCAGUCUUGGUCUCUCCUUGUUUUGGUGCCAGGCUGCAGCGCGUCUCCCUCGCCACCGACGCCAGCAACAGCGGGCACGUUGCCAUUGAUUCUUCUGCAGCACACAGCACACUUUUAGAGGGAUUAAAGUUGGACAUAACUGUGAUGACUGAUAAAUGAGUGCCCCUAAUGUAACGUCUGAUGGAUGAGGAAGACUGGAGUGAGGGCCUGUGUAUCUCUAUCUCUGCGUGGGUGUGAAUGUUUCGGUGUUAAUAUGUGUUGUGUGUGAAAAGAGGGCGCAGCUAUCUGUAGGUGUGGUGUGGUGUGGUGUGAUGUUGCAGGCCAAGCUGACUUCCUGUUGUUAUAGUCCAUCAGGGAGAUCGGGGGUGGGGGAUGCUCCCAUGAGACUACCCCGUGAGAGUCACAUGGUCUCACUGCAGUGCAUUUAAAGGCCAUGAUUUUGUUUCUUUCUGUCUGUGCCUGUGCCUGUGUGUGUGUGUGUCUGUGGUUUGUGGGUACAUUCCUGACCUCCUCUGAAUUCUGUCUCUUCAGUUCUUGCUCUACUUUUUUUUAGUUUUGAUUCUCUGCCCUCCCAUCCUUCCUUGUAAUCAGUGAAUCUCAGAGGAAAACCACACAUCUCCCUGGGGUGCCUUUCUUCUUCUAUCUCAGCCUCACCUGACCAGAUGUUUGAAAAGCUGUUUGUUUAUCCGCUUUGAUUGAUGCCUACCAUAAAACUGCUCUCAUGCUUGUGCCGCAUACCUUUGAAUCAGAGUAAAACAUCUGAAAGAGAAAAUCACAUGAAGGGCCAGGUUAAUUGCAUCAGCAGUUGUCCGCAGCCCUUGCAGCUUAGAUGAUUACAGACGUCAUUGUGAUUGUUGGUGACUGUAGACCAUUGGUAAGCAGGAGGGACAGUGUCCUCAAGGCUGUAAUGGCCCUCCUGUCCAGCCCACCUCCAUCAGUCCCUGACUCACUGGCUAAUUUAAAGCAGUGCCCUUCUAAUCGAAUGGCUGUCUGAUAAAUCUAUUGAAUUAGGACAGAUGUCCGCCGGGGUGUGGCAGUGACACAGCGUCUAGACGAGCUGAGAGGUGAGCGGAGGACUUCAACGUGAUUCAGAUCCAAAGGAAUCUCACCUUUGCUCUCUCCUUUACUCUGCCGGUUAUGUGUGCAGACGUGGAGCAGCAUUUUAACCAAAUCUGUUCCACCUGAGAGUCUGAGGGGUCGAGGUCAGGAAGGAGGGGAGGGGCAAUGUCUACGGGUAAGAAGGAUUAUCAUGGACGCACAUUUAUUCUGAGGCCUCAUCCGCAUGUUGGCAGGUAGUAUUGAGAACAUAGAUUUCUUUCUGUACUUUGUCCAUACGACCGCACAGAAAGGGAGCGUUAAGUCACUGGAAAAGAGGUUUCAGAAAGCUCCUUUAAAGGUGAAAGUUUUUGACAAUUUCAUGCUGAGGUACUGACGCACUUGCACAUGGUUUAUACAGACUACUGAUCUCAUCGUUACCUGACAAGUGAAUGACACUCUUGACCUCAGUAAAUUAAUUCAGUGUUGAUUUUCUACAAAAAUGGAGGACGUGAGCUGCAAUAAAAGCAGAAAGUUAUUGAAGAAGCAGGUUGUGGAAGUAUAUUGGUUUCAACAGCAGGUAUAAAAGAAAGGAUAGGGUUGUAUAAAGUGGGGGUGUCCGGAUACACUAUUGAUAUUGGAUAUCAGUCAGGAUAUCAGCAAAAAAAUAUAUAUCGGAUUAUAUCGGCCUGCAUCUAAAAGCUCAGAAAUCAGUAGUCCGAUACAAGCGGUCUCUUCCAGACUCCUCUCUGGCACCUCUAUUUAGCGGCACCCAGAUCCAGCAUGCAGAGCACACAUGAUCACAACAACAGUGUGUACAAAGGUACUAACUUGUCAUGCACAUGUUUGUGCCAAUAUCUGAUCAAAUAGGUAUUGGCCAAUACUGAAGGCUACAAUGCUGGUAUCAUAUUGGAAGUAAAAAAGUUGUAUCAGGACACCCCUGGUAUAAAGGGGUCAAUGCAGAUGCAAAUAUUCUUCUGGUGUAAGUGAAAGUUCUUCUCUUGCUGUCUUUUUUUCUACAAAAUGAAGUGGAAUAAACGUAUAGUGUCUUUGUGGUGUCAGCAGGCUUUUUUAUACAUAUAUUUAAACAUCAUGUUAUUUCAUAUUUGUGAAUGUAGAUUGUUUCUGUAACCAGAGGAGGAAAAACUGGCCAACCCGUGGACCAGGCCUAAACCAAACCCUCAGAAACAACACUAGGGCUGAUUGAAGCAUGCAUUAUAGUAACUAGGUGAAGGCUUACGUGCGAGCUUGGUUUUAUCUAGCUCUGUUCUUAUGAAGGGACCGAGGCCUGGGGCUGAAUCCCUCCUAAUAAUUGUAUUGCCCCAUGACAGAUAACAUUGAUGUAAAGCUGUUUAUUGUUGAUGAUGAGUCUAUUGAACCUGGACAUGCUCUUUCCCUCGUCCUUGGGGAGCUUAUCCCUCUAGCAGGGCUGGACAUGUUUUUAUUAAAACCUAGAUUUAAAUGGACCAGGUCCCCAGAUCGACAAGCAGAUUACCCAACUAAUAAAACAUACAUCACAAUAUAUAGAGAGGCCCCCCUGAGACUCAGGCUAUUAAUAUACAAAUAUAGAGGAUUACUGUCUGCUUGUCUCCAUGGCCGUGGAGAGGGGAUUAAGGUCCUGGUCCAGACAGAUUGGAUGUAAUGUGUGUGUAAGACUCAGCGAUGGCUGCUCUACAAAGCCCUUAUGUAUGUACAGGCUGAUCUCUGCCCUCUGCCUGAGACGUCAUAACAUCCCCCCUGCUUUAGUGGAUCAGAGAUAUCCUUCACAUUUUUGGGUCAGUUCUGGUCUGUUUUGAAAGAAAGUGUCUUUUUACUGCAAUUUUAUUUCCUUUUUGUAAUUUUUCUAAAGCACUUGGUCAUUUGCAGCGGAAAUAUUUUGUGCUUUUCUGCUACCCUAAUUCUUUUUAAAUGUCACAGUUUUUAAGCUUAGCCAAACAUGCAGGUGUGCAAGAUCUGAUUUAACCAUUUUUUCUAGCUUGUGUGUAUUUUAUUACUUUAUUUUAUUUUACACAUUGUUUGAUGUGGGAACAGGCCAAAAUCAAAGUUUGUGAAGAAUACAACCAUGAUACCACCCAUAGUUGUGGAGUAAACUUUCAACCACAUCUAUUUGUAGUUUAAGUCUGGAGGGAAGUUGGCAUCCACAUAUUGGGGUCUGAUGGGGAUUUGUUGGAGUUUCACACACUUUUGGACAGGGCCUCACAGGGCGUUUCUAGGCACUGCUGGUGUUUCCAUAUUUCAAAGGUUUUUGGUCAAAACAAACCACAGUACCAUCUUCUGUGUGCUCUGAGAAAAUCAGCCUCUGGUGUUGACAAUGAAGCCAGUGCCUUAGUGCAAAAAACUGCAGUUCCUUAGAUGUCCACUUGAGAGUGACCCCAAAAUCUCAUGAAGUUCCACUAACACCCAUUUUGACAGCGAAUGAUAACUGAUAUUUGUAUAUUUGGAAGUGAUAUGGUGAUUUAUUUUUGUUAGUUUUAAAGAUAUCAAGACUCGCACUUUUAUCAACCAUGAUAAAACUGUUUGCUGGGUGACCCACAGCUUACAUUUAGCAUAUGAGUCUGCAACAAUUUUGCACAGUCAAAAAGUUUCCUGUGACUAUUGCACAGUAGUUUGUGCUUUUGUGCCUGUAUGAAAAAGUACUUUUAGUUUUGUCUGUAACUUUUAUAAACAUAAAAAUUAAAAUGGCUGGGGCUCACUGUUGCAUCACAGCCAUCAACUCUGAAAUUUCAACAGUGAAGUAUGAAACAGAUCAGUUAAAACAAAUAGGAGAAUGUCUGCAACACAUGCACAGACACACACAGACACACACACACAAAGUAUAAGCAGAACGCAAAAAAAUCUAAUUACUUUCUUAACACACAAUCAACAAUUUCAUAGUCUGCAGCAUCUGCGACUCUGAGAAAUUAGUCCCUGUCUUUUUCAUCUUAACUACAAGCCCGGCUCCUUUUCAGCCUAUUGAAUUGACAAAUUAUGAGAUAAUGCACAAAAUGAAGGCUUCUUCAACAUAAAAGACUUUGUUCAAUCAGUUUAUCCACAAUAUUCUCUUAGUAUGUGUCCUGAAGUCUUUUAAAACUCCCCUCUUUUGAUUCUCAGUUUAGAGGCCGGGUGGUCUUCAUCAUCCCAACUUAGUGAGAAGGAAAAGAAAACUCCAGAGGUUUAUUCUAAGUCCAAACUUCCUCUCUCAGCGUUAUACCGGAGCCUCGGGGAACCCUGAUAAAGACAAAGUUAGAUCUUUAAGAGAAAGAUGGAUUCAAGCGCCAACUCUUUAAGUCUCAGUGGGAUACUAGUCACUAAAGCGACUCUGGCUAUCAUCUCUGAAAAGUGAAAACACAUGUAAUAUCCCAUCCCGCAGAUGUCCUAGAGAUAGAGCGAAGUGUGUGUCCUGUACCUGUUUUAACAUGCAGCCCACACAGAGUCACACACACAUACACACAUAUAUAUAUACACACUCUGGGCUGUUUAUCCCCAAGGGCGCCCAGCUAAAGGAGAGAGAGACCCUUAAUCAUGUCCCUGUCCCACGUCCUCGUUAUCAGCCACGAUUAAUGAGCUCUCCAUUAAUGAAUAAAAAAAAAAAAAAAAGGAGGUGCCAACCCCUCUUGCAGGAGAGAGGCGAGGUGUGUGAGUGUGUGUGUGAGGGGGGGCUGAUGGUAAACGCUCCCAGGUGCAAUGACAUCACCCUCUAAGGUAGAUAUGAUAGCUGUCACAGCUCUCUUUUGUUGGGGAUGACAGGGUGUGUGUGUGUGUGUUUGUUUAAGUGUGUAUUUGCAUGCAUCAUUGUGUGUGUGUGUGUAUGUGUGUGUGCAUGAGGCCUAACACUUAGUGCUGUGUUUUGAUUGAUCAAACCCAACCUCUGGGGUGUAAUCUGUUUAGCUUUUGUACAACUGUCUUCCUCUUUUGUCUAUGGUGGCUAUAUGGCGGCGGGAGGGAAGGAGGGAGGGGUGUGGGGGAUAAGGAGCGCUUGAUGAGACAGUGGAAGAAGAGGAGGAGGAGGAGGAGGAGAGGGCGGCAGGUGCAAUGGACACCCGGCGCAAUCACCGGCGCUAGGCGAAAGCAGCGACAGGAAAUCAAGGUUGUCUUGGCAACCUGGCACUAUCGAUUAAGCGCGUCCGUCUCUGAGCUCACAUCAGAGUCCUGAUGGAUAUGGAGCUGUGUUGGGUUUCAGAAGAGGAAAAGAAGGAGAAAGAGGAGGAGGAGGGGGAGGAGUCGAUGAUGGAGCAGGAGCAGGCUUGGACAGUGAUGAGGGGAGGUGAUUGUAUCUCUCUCUCAAGUGUCUCCCAACUGUUUCUGUUUCGCUUUCUCCUCCCGAGCUGGACACCAACAACCUCAGCUCCAUAUCGCUCUGAAUCUCUUCUUGAUUUAUGAACACACAACAUUUCUCAUCACUAAGUCAUUUCCAUCACUGCGGCCUUCUCAGAGCCCUGCAAACAUUUAACACGCCUGUGUUCCUGCGUCUCCGCCUGCUGCCUCCUUUGUGCUCCUUCUCUGCUUGUUUCUCUCCAUAAGGACCCAUGUGAGCGCAGAUCUCCCCCAGUUUUUCCAGACCAUUAGUUCACAUUGUGCCGUUUGAUUUAAGGACCCUGUGGCACACAUCUCCAGUUUGCUUUUCCGUCUCCACAGGGCAUGUAGGUUGCUGUGCAAACCCCUGCCUGCACACAGUGAUUUCACCAUAAUUGUACAGUGAGGUGGUGGUGUUGCAUAAGCCCUACGCACGAUCGAUACUCAGUAUUGACUUGUAAGGAGGAGUAUUUUUGGCUGAUACUGUACUCAGUCGGCGUAUCUUAGACAGGCCAUGUCUCUUUUACACUUGCCUCCCCUCCUCUCACUCCCUUUCUUUCACUCCUUCUCUUUCUUUCUCUCUCCUGACAGAAGGUGAAAUCGCCCUGUCCCAAAUCCCUAGCAGAUGUGGCCUCUCACUCUCUCUUUCUUUCUCUUUUCUUUCUCUCUCUCUUUCUCUUGCACAUGGAUGUGCACACACAGGUGAACAUUCAGGAAAAUUUAAACAGCUUGUGUCCUCUUUAACAGCCGAUAGCCUUUUUUAUUUUAUUUACUUUCCCUUUUCUGUAGGUCUGUACCGUCAAUUUAAUGAAAUUUAUUCUCCCGCCCACACUAUGAACUAAAGACUUGUUAUACUGGGAGGCUGUGCUGCCCGAGGAGAUUUACUGCUAUCUUCUUAUUGGAAGAACAAGAGCACAAAACCCUCCCUGUCCCCAUUCCUCCCUCUCCCCGGCUUCCUCCUACCCCCCGUGGUCAGUCAAACACAGAGCGGGCCUCUGUCUGAACAUCAUGUGGGUUUUACAGCCUGGUUAACCCGUCGCUAUCUGCUGAGCCAGGCACUAUAAUGUAUCACUCAGGGUUUCAUUCAGAGAGUGCACUGACUCAUUUUUACUCAGGCACAUAAAUGAAUAAUUUAAUAUUUCAGAGAAUAUUUUUUUAAAGGUGCAGCGACCCUAAAGAUGCAAAAGUGGAGUGAAGAUUGUCAUCCUGCUCUUUAAGAGAUGCUAAUCCUUUAAAUUCCAUAUCACAGCAGGCUGUCUUAUGCUUGUAAUUAGGACUAAUUUGUAUCAUUUGUGGUUUUACAGACAUUUUUAAAAAGUUAAACACUGUGCUUCACAGAUUUCACCCAGCCCAAACAACAACAACAGCCUAACCGGCACCACCCAAUGCAUCAUGGGUGGAUUAAAUUAACAUUACUGUUCAGCUCUGAAUAAUUGUCACUGAAAUAUCAACACUUAUUCAUGUUGGAAAAUGAGCUCAGUUCUUGUCAUGGGUCAUUAACACAGUAUAAAACACAAGUUAUUAAAUGAUUCCUUCACAGUUUGAUGAAUCGUCAUGAAAACUUGCCGUCUUUGAGCUCGACAUCAUGACUCCUGAAACGAAAUCCACUUAAGCAGCUGUUAAUUAUUUAAACACGGACACUUGGAUAUUUUUCUUUAUGUGGCGGUUAUGUCUGGCUUCAUAAGUCAGUAUAGCACGAGUAGUACUGUCCAAUAGUGACUGAGUUUAUUCAUAAAUGACUGAAAUUAUAAUUACUUAAUGCUCAUUAUCACAUUAUACAUGCUGCUCCUUUAUUUUUGAAAUAAAUCCAGCCUGAGUGCAGAAGAAAUACAGACUGAGGGGAAAGAUCAGGUUCAGAAAAAGAGUCAAAUAAAGAAAAAAGAAAAGCCACAAUUGGGCACAAAAUCAGGUAGGACACAACAAAAUGUUAUGUGGCCUGUGGUAAUGUCUUAAAAUCUGUUGGGGCGCCUCACAUGCCCACGCCCCCCUCAUCUCUCUUUAUUUGGGGCUAUUCUGGGCUGGACUAAUGUGGCGGCGCUGCAGCGCGCUGAGUGAGUCAGCGGUCAUUAGGGCGUGCAGACAGCACUCUGCCGGGGGCCACAGGAGCCAGUCAGUCUAAUGAUGAGGAGGGUGAAGUGCCGGGGACCUGAGCGAUCAGGACGUCCUAUAGCUCCAUCCAAUUAGCCGCCCUCAGCCCCGCCCAUGGUCACUGUUACUUUGACAACACAGGACAGCUGAGAGAAGGACGUCUUUAUAGUUUUUUUUCUGUUCGUUUAAUAAGCUCGACAGAGCGCUGCUCACUUUCCAUCUGAUUGUUUAAUGCUUGUACUUUUACUCCUACCCAGAGCAGAGUCCCUGAAGUCUCGCCUUUGUGCCUGUACUUGUCGUCCUCUGUUCUCAGUAGUAACUAUCAUGUAACUGAUUCAAGCCCUGAGAGAGAGCGGCUCAGCCUCAGCGCUCAGAUCCAGUCAUCCUCCCCUGGGAGAGGCUGACUGAGCAGGAAUGUAAACACAGCAGCUAAAUAAACUGCUGCGUGGGGCACAGAGAGAGAGAGGGAGAGAGAGAGAGAGAGGGCAGAGAGAGAAUGAGAGAAGAGUGUUUUUAGAGGUCAGGAUCCCUCGCUUAAAAAGAAGAGAUUAUAACCGAGCAGCUGUAAUCAAAGAAUUUAACCUGGGAGUCGAGAUGACAUCCAUCGUGCAUCGAGGCUUACAAGGACAGCUCAGCAUUCCUCUCCCUCCCCCUUUUUUAACACCUUAUCUCAACCUCUCACUCUAAAAUAAGAUGCACUCACACCAUGUCACAUGGCACCAGCCAUCACCCACAGCUCCUCAAAUACUCCCCUGAGUUAAAAAGCAUGAAGGUGCAGAGGGCCUGCUCUGACAUUUGUCUGCAUUUUCUGUGGAAAAGAAGCUCCAUGAACAGUUCAUGUUAGCAAACAGUGCAGUCACUUUGUUAGCACUUUUUGUGUCAUGAUUAAACUGCUUCCUAGCGCCAUUUUCAGGGUUGAAUUGAAAACUAUCAGGUGUGACAUGAAGUGUUAAGCUCGGCCUGUUUCUGUCUGGGCUGGUUGUUUGACCCCUCUUUCCACUGGUCCCCAUUAUGGACUGGAAAUAAAGGGGAUGUAGUCACGGUGAUGCCAACCACUGGACAGUAGACACUAUUUUGGAGCCUCAAGUUUUGUGUUGUUGACUUUUAUUUCUCGUUUUUGGAGCCACUUGUGUCCACACCCCACCCAGCCAAGGUUGUCGCCCCUUUUCUGCCAUUUAGAAACUUCAGGUUGGAGACACUCCUCGCUGGCUUCACUUGAAACCGACAGGUUGCAUCUACAUUUGAACAGUCUGCAGGGGAAAAAGACAUUUUGAAAACAUGUGGCUUCUUCAUAUGUGGCUUCUCCAGGCACCUCCCUCACCUCCACCCGGCAGUAGCAGCCUUGUUUUGAUGUGGUGACCUGACUGUUGAGCACAGGUGCUGCCAGCUGCUGAGUUCUUUCUGCUUGCUGUAACCCUGGGACAGGUGGCAGCCAUUAUGACUGUGUCUGAGGUAGCGUACUGGCAGGUUUGGGCAUCACCGUCCCACAGCCUGUUCUGCUCUCUCAGCACACUGACGGCUGAAUAAGCUGCACUGGUGUGGCAAAGUGUCCCACCACCACCACCUGUCCCUUCAUACCUCCUCUCCCAAACCAGCAGAAACUUUCUGAAAGGCACUGCUUUAGAUCCCUCAUCCAAGGUCCCUGUUUUGCUUCUUUUCUCUUUCAACGCUUUUCAUUUUCUCCAAAGGUGGAUCAAAGAGACGAGGUCUGUGGAGGCGUAUGGAACCAGACUCAGUGUCAACAAGAGGCUUCUCUGCCUUUUCUGCUUCUCUUAGCCAGAGUUUAAUGUGGAAAAAAUACCCUUCCAUCUUCUGAAAUCAUAACAGGUCCUCAAUCCAAAUUCGUCAGAUAUGACAGCUUGGUCUGUGGCCCUUUGCUUCAAAAUAUGACAAUCCCAGUGCCCCUUUAAUGUCAGUUUCAUAUGUCAGUUUCAUAUGUCCAAGGGUUUCCAGUUAAGUCAGCAAAGACGUCAACAGUUUUCCCUCCACUUACUCAGCUACCAACUUAUAAUACAAACAAGUUGGCACAAGUUACUGAUUUAAAGAUGGUUUAAUCAAUUUUAAAGUGAUUAUGGACACAAUUUAAAAAGUGUUUGAGACAGUGUUCUUAAUAGUUUACCUGCAGGAUGUAUCUUCUUAGUGCUUCUUCUUCUCAGAACUUUGUAACUUUUUAAAGAUAAUUUUUGCGACAUUUUAUCAAAAGAAUAAAGGAAAGUGUGCAGAGGAUCCUCAAUAAAGGGCUUUGGUUGGGGGUUGAAUCACUGAUCAUAUGAGGCACGCAUGUUAACUUAUAACCAAACCUUCAUUCCCCGCUGCUAUUAUCAUUAUCCCUCAUGGCUGAAGUUACUUUGUAGCAAAAAGCAUCUUAUAAAGGCACUCACCAGCUCUGCUGCCAUUGCCCGGAUUGCAGGACAGGAUCAAAAACUCAAGUGUCAUCCAAGUUGUUAAGCUAACUGAUUGAAGAUACUAAUUGUUGUGCCACAGUGUCAACAGGCAGAGGCAAUUUUUAUAGAUCGAUUUGAUAUGUCUGAUCAAAUUACUCCUGAUGUUGCCUUUGCUAUUAGGAAUUAAAGGAGCAGUUUAUAGUUUUAAGAAGCAUUUAGCAGAAGUGACUUAGCGGAAUUGGAAUUUAAUAUUCAAAGUGUGUUUGAAUCAGUCAUCUGAAUAUUUAUUGUGUUUUUCUUUAAUUAGAAUAAGAUUUGUCUCUAUAGGAGCAGGUCCCCUUCCACAGAAGUCACCUUCUUGCACCACUAUGUUUAUACAGUUAAUUCAGAGUGGACAAACUAGUUAGUGGCAGUGUGAAAUGCAGCAGCUGGAAGACAGAAUGAUAAUUUGCAUUAAUUGAUGUUUUUUUAGAUGGUAAAUUCUUGAAAAAUUGAGGAUCAUAACCAUUAUCUAUCUCAGCAGCAUCUUGUCCUUAACAGAGGGGUGAGCAUGGGAGCAUUUCAAUGUAAAAGUGAGUGCUAGGUGUUGCUAAAUAUUACCAUAUCUGCACACUGUCUGUUAUGGGGUUUUGACCAAUCAGAAUCAAGUAUUUAACACAGCUGGAUAAUUGUUAAGAUUGCCAGGUAGUAAGAUUUGCUAAGUAAUCAAUGACUGGUUAGACUUUCAAAUGGCCUGCAAAUCAAAAUACUGUUUUUGUUAAGAACCCUUGAUUAGCUUCAAAGAAAAGAUCCGGGUUUAGGUCUAUGUCAGUACUUCAGGGUGAAUAGUUUAAAGUUUUGGCAUUGUGUGGCCCUUUGUUACCAGCUAAACACCAUUGCAAAACAAACUUUUGUGCCUAACAGUGAGCCAAAAUAAUACGCUUCAAGCAAUUAUGCUGAGCAGCAACAAUGAUGUCAUAGUUUGAAAUGAUAGGGCGAUAAUCAAGCUGCCAUAUUUGAUUUCUUUGAGUGUGUACGUAACUAGAGAUUUGGAGUCACAAAGUCGGUUGCCUCGUCUCAUAAUUUACGCCAAAUUAAAGUCGAACUAAUAAUAUUCAACCAUCUCAUCAAUUCACACUGAUAAUGUUCCUGAUGUCUUCCUCUCAUCCAUCUCUUCGUCCUUUCCUUCCUUCCAUCCUUGACUCUAAGACCGGGCGCCAGGCCAGAGGUGCUAAACAGCGUCUUAACCUGGUGUCUGAGCCUCGACUCAUCCUUUAUUCAUUCCCAUUAAAGGAGCAUGAGAGUUGUUCUCUGCCUGUAUUCACUGCUGUUCACCCCCCUCCAUUAAAAAGACAAACGGUCGCCGUGUGAGUGUACCUACCUAUUCUUCCGUACAUAACUAAUAGGUGGGCGUAAAUGAAAUAUGCAUGCUGGCUCUCUCCUGAUACCCGUGAGUCUGCUUUGUGACAAGAAGUCAAGUCGGGUUAAGUCUUGGGAUGUUUUCACAGGAUUUCUCUCAGCUUUGCAGGUCUUAAAAUGGCUUUUUUUAGUGGGACAGUGAGAAUUAAACCCACUCUACUUAGUUCCUACCCAUGAUGGGUGUGCAUGUGUUUCCGUUUAUAUUAAACUUGGUCUCAUGCUACUUUUACAGUGACAUGUUGAACUGUAAAAACCUUAAUAUACUCACUUGAGGAAGCUUGCAAUCAUCUUAAAAUAUUUACACUGUAAAAGAGACACAAAGGCACAAAACAAUACCCUGCACACUCACACUGAGCACACACAAAUGCCUCCAGCAGUGCCAUUUGGCUGGCAGGGAGCCAGAGUCUUCCCAUGGAAAUAAGCCCCUCGGCGCUUCUCUUAUACACUACUUCAUGUAGAGUGCACACACACACACCCUCACACACACACACACACACACACAGGCCAAACAAUAUCAGCAUCUCCCACCUUUACAACCUUGUUUCGCUGCGAGGAGCCUGUUUGAAAAAAAGGAGAGAUAAAGAGAGGAGGACAGCAGACGAUGGGGGGAGAGGAGGGAGAUAAAGGUUAAGAAUGGUGAUGAAAACGGAGGAAAAGUGCUACGCCAGCGACUCCGGCAGGGAGACAGACAGGAGUGAGCAUUUCUGCCCUGCUGCAGGAAUUUUGAGAGUGUAGGGAGGGUUUGUGUAAGCGCGUGUGUGUGUGAGUGAGUGUGUGUGCGCAGCAGGUAAAUUGAAUAUCAGCAUAUCCUGUGGACUAUCAUCCUUUUAACCUCUUACUGGACGGCUGAAUCUCUCCUAAUUAAAGGAGACAAAAUCCUGAAAGCUACAGGAUUAUUUUGUUUGUGCGUCCAUUUCUAUUUCAGAUUGAGGAAUGUGAAUCACUAAGUGUGUAUGUUCUGUACAGCAGAGGUGGGCGGGGAACUGGGCGAGCACCUGAGCGGUAAUCCAGCCAGUUAGUUUUGGAGGAGCCAUUUAAAAUGAGCAGAGGUAUUAGAGAAAGGUGGAUGAGGAGGUCAGGAUUUUCCUUUAAUCCUCACACUGCUGCUGGCAGAGGAGAGUGACGGGGGCAGAGAGGCGGCAAACUGCUCUCUUCUGACAGUGCGGUAUGUUUUAGUCGGGAUGAGGCUGGCACUGGGCCACUGUAACACUGUGUUUGAAAAAAUAAAGAGUGGAAAAAAUAUGGCAAACAUCUCUGCAACAACAUCUCACCCUGAACUUGUCCAACUAUAAACUUCAGUAUUGCACAUUCUGCUCAGAAAUGAUAAAUAUUAUGCAGGACUUUCAAAAUAAAGCUUUAAAUUGUGACAAUAAAUAACUCAUAUCAGGUUAGACUUCAAAAUAUAAGCUUGAUAACUUUUUGAUACAUAUUUUCAGGCUUUUGUUGUAGAAAAGAGGACAGUGCCUAUUGCUGAAAAUGGGAAGAGAGAGUGAGGAAAGUAGCCAUAGUCUGGAUUCAAACCGAGCCAUCUGCUUGAGACAUGAUCUCUGUACAUGACUACAUGUUUAGACAGCCAGGCCAGCAGCACCCUGUCCUAAGAGUGUCUCACAUGCCAAAACAACAACCACCAUAACCACACGUAUUUUUAAUCCAUGUUUAAAAUUUCAUUGUUUUGCAUUUCAAACCCAUUUUAAGUGCAUAUCAAUAAUGUAAAGCAGUUCUUUUUAGUGUCUUGAUUCAGCUUCAUUCAUUUGUCAGCAGGUAGUUGCACACUCACAGCAGCAGUCCUCGAUCAUAUGAUAAUUAGGCAUGGACAGUGAGAGCCCUACUUUUAUUUACUAGAAGAAGACAUUUCAGGCUGCAUUCUGAAAUUUAUGACAGUAACUAACGUCAUUUUGCCCAUUUCAAUAUAUUCGGUGUCAAAAAGUAAAUAUGUAAAAGUUGGUUUUGGAUGUGUGUAGGCAGGCUAUGGUCUCAUGUCCCUUUAAGAAGUUGAACUACGUCAGAGACGUGACUCCACCCCAUCCGUAACAAAGUCUGUAACAAAGAGGUGAGGUGAUGGAGGAAGGUUCAAAAGUUGUAGCGGCUGAAGUAGAUGAAAUGAAUGUAGGAGGUGGUGAGCAGCUUGUGGAGUCGUUAUGGAGGUGAGCUCAAUAUAUCCUGAUAUUGAUUUAAGGCCAUAUCGCUCAGCCCUACUGUACUCAGACAUAAUUACAGACCUGCAGACCAGAUGUGUACGAACACUCAAAUGUGUGUUCAAAAGCUGUGUCAGCAUCUGUGUAAACAUGUUGACACACAGUCUCACACAUACAAACACCAGAUAGAAAAAAAAUCCAGAUAUAACCCGUCAAUCUCCUCAGAUACCUCUCUCAUUAAUGAAAAACUCGUGUAGAUUUACAGAUGACCUAAGCUCCCACAGCCUCAUGGGUAAGAGGCAGUACAGUAAGGAGACAGGUGACUGUCCAUUGCAGCGGCAUUAGGGUUGAUCUGCUGAUAAUCUAUAAUCUGUGAGGCUCCGAUGCCUCCACUGAGUUUAUCAGCCAGGUUUGUUUGGCCAGGUUGGAGCGCUGGCUUUAACAGGAUGACAACGUUGCAAGAUUAACCUUUGGUAGUUUUUCCCUGCAGUCUAUUGUAUCAUUGCUGGUGUUUUUAUUUGAGUAUUCAGGUGUUAAUGGUUUCAAGGAGUUGUUUGUCUUUAGAGAGGUAUUUUGCUGCACAAUCCUGGAGUUUUUUUGUUUUUUUUUCAUUUUCUGGAGUAAAACAAUCUUCGGGACUUUUUUGGGUUGCAUAUAAGGCGUUUAAAAGAUGUUUACACAAAACUUUGACCUUUCCUGUGCUGUUUGUUUUGUCUUUAGGACAGGAAACCCGGUCUGUGCUGCUCACUCAGACUUAAACACUGCUGCAGACUGGCUCCUAUACAUUAUACAUGAGAAUGCAUUGUUGAUUUCAUUUGUUUUUCAGGUAUUCCUCCAUCCCUCAUCUGGCUUUAUCCCUCCCUGUAAUCUGCUCUGUUAUGGGGACUUGUGCAUUUCCUAUAAGGAUGUUAUUAAUCCACAUUUGUUGUUGAAUGCGCCGUGUUGCUCUAGCGUGCAGGCUGGAAAUGCAGCAGACAGUGGAGCUUGUGGUGGUGACAUGUGCAGCUAACACGGCGCCGACUGCUUUUAUUGGACAAUAAUGGGAGGCUGCCAUGGAUGACUUACAGGGACACGCCUGCAACCCUCCAUAUGGACGGCUUUUAUUUGAACACAAGACGCUUGGUGCAGCAUAAGGCAUGUGAACCAUUGUGUGAUGUAUUUCCUGGCCUCCGAGGCUUCUCAUAGCAACACCUUUAACUGGGAGUGGGUGCGCCUGUUGGGUGCAUGAUUGAUUGAGCCACAUAGUGGAAGAUUUUUAAAGCAUACAUCAUAGGUUAAGGCACUGUGGAGCACCAGAGGUAAUGCAUUUGUUAGCUACCUUUUAAUGCUGUCAUGCACAUACACUGAGUCACUCUUUGUAAGCUUGCGUGAUGCUAGAAGAGUCCCGGUUUUUGUAUAAUUUGGACACACAGCUUGUUCUUGGACAUGCAGGCAGCUCUCAGACUUCAUGUCAGUGCAGUGCCCUGAGUCGUGAACCCAUUAAAAGCAAGCUGCAGCAGAAGUCAAGCCUCAUCAGCUCAUUACCCGGUCUUGGGAUGAGGUGAGCCAGGUAAUCAGUUAACAGUGUUAGCUCAUCAGAUUAAAUAGACACACAUGGACAUGGCAUUACAGCACUGCUCAAUUAAGUAAACAUGUUCACCACUGCUGCACUGCAUGUCAUGUACUCGACAUCAGGGGCACUGAGUCAGCAGGGACAAGAGUCGAAACACCUUUAAAGUCCCACAGUUUUUUUUUUUGUUUUUUUGUUUUUAACUACUUAAAGUUUUUAAAUAAACUCAGUGGUCUUUAAAUUGUGAUUAUGAAUUGUGAUUAUGAAGUUUUUAGCCAAGAUCACGUUACCUGUGUCAUUUUAAGGACUUUUCUAAUGCAGAGCUCGAGUAGCUCAUUAGCAAUUUGCAUCGAGUCAUGGAUGGAGACAGCGAUACUCUGCACACUCCUCUUCGCGUUAGCUUGCAGCCUAACAUUGCUGGUGCAGUAGAAGUGGCAGGUAACAUAGGAGCUAUUCAGCUCUUGGACACUAAUGUCUUUAGGAGCAUGAUAAAAGUGAAUAUCAUAAUAAGCUUUCUUACGAGCUUUGCAAUCCGCUAAUGCACACGCUUGUUCCACGAUUGUCCUCUCUAUUUCUCUGAGCCUGACUUGCAUAGCGGGGUCCGGGGGGGUGGAGCUUGGAUUUGCUACGUAGGAAAUCUCACUGUGUCUGCACCUGCCGUUUGGGUCUGCCAAAGAUUCACAGUGAUUUGAAUGCAGAAAUACUCAGAAAUACAAUUUUGCACUCUUUUUUUUCUUAUGAUAUGUCCAAUAGCAUCAAAAAUUGCCAUUUGAACAUGUAGACAACAAGAAAAAAAUGAUUUUCAUCGGAAUCGUUCUCCCUCAUACAGUAGACAGAGAACAGAGGUGAAAAUACUUUUUUGUUUCCACCUCAACUUCAAAUAAUAAUUAAAAAGAAAAAAAAUGUUUAUUGGCAAAUAGAAAAGCACUAAAAUUAUUCACAAUUUUUGCAAUAAAACUUUCUGCAGAGUGCAGAAAAAGUUGUAAUAUCACUUUUAUUGUGUCCCUGUUAAUUAGAACUAAACUAAAAACUGCAGUUUUUUGGUCUCAUCUGUUUUUAAUUGUCUGUUUCUGAGCGAGUCACAUGCUGUCUGUUGUAACUCACAGCCAGACCAGCUUCCUCCCGCAGUAGUCACCAUCCUGUCUCUCUGUCAGGUACUGGAAGUGUUGUGUCAGCUCUGAGAUAGACUCUUCAACUUCCCCCUUCCUUCUCCUUCUUAGAUAAAACUUCCCCUUGCCUGCAGGCGCUCAGUAGGGAGAAAAAAUGUAAAAACACGCUGCAAUCUGUCCACAGAGGGAAACAGGGAGAUAUUACAAUGUGGUUAAGGGUGGUUAUGAAGUGAUAAAUGGAAGUUCUGGAUAAUAACACACUGACAAAACGCAGUUCUUCUUCUCUAUUAGUACCUCUUGUUCCUCCGGAGGGCCAGCCUCGCUCUCAGCUCUCCACUUUCUCCCUCCCUCCCUUUACCGAUGUCCAGUUUGAGCACCUGGGAGGAAGCAGCUGUAGGUGGUGAUUACAGUUCAGAGACUCCAAAAUAACCUCUCCUCCUCCCUCCUGCCCUCUCUCUGCAUUCCCUCCAGCUCGGCCGCCCUCUCCCAGCCUUCUUCUCUCUGAAUCACCCCAUCAUGCAAAUAACCAACGUAAGAAGUCCAGGAGAUUAGAAACAAGAAAAGAGGAGCGGUGAAACGGCUGAAAUUCUCUGUAUCGCCUUUAUUCUUUGUAAAGUGUGUGUGUGUGUGUGUGUGUCGCUAUGUAAAUAAAGUGAGUGAUACACACCGCCUGGCUCAUCAAUAUGAGGGACGGUGGGCUCAGCUCACUCAGAUGAACACAAGAUGAAUAAUGUUAGCUGAGCUUUGCUGCAUUCGACCACCCCUUUCUACACCCACCUCCAGUAUGUGUGUGUGCAUGUGUGUGUCUGUGUGCAUGUGUUUACCGUGCCAAAGCUCCCAUCAAUCACACGCCCAGGACCUUUCAGUUUUCUGCACACACACACACCCACACACUCCGGGUGAGUUUAUUAAAAGCUGGAGUGUUAUCACUGAUCUGUCUGACAACAGCUGCACACCGGUGAAAACAAACACACACAUCAUCAACACAAGUCACACUCAUGCUGUUGUCGCUGUGACAAGAAGAGCCAGAGACAUUCGUAGACAGGACUGUCUUUAUUUUCCUCUUCCUCUCGGCUGCAGAGAGCAUCACCACAGUGGAACAGGAAGGCCAGUGUUCAGGGUCACGCUCUGCCCAGUGGAAUUCCCCCUGAACCACAGGGAGCUCCCACAGCUCUGUUUGACCCAGUUCACCCACCGUAGAGUCGGAGAAACAAAGACUAAAGCUCUCCUUUGACUGUCUCAGGACCACUGGUUCUGUUUUUUUUUUCACCAACGUAUGUCAAGGAGGAGCACCACAACCUGUAAUCAGGGUGGUUGUCUCAGGAGUUAAGGCAGCUGGCGAAUUAGCCUCUAAGCAUGUGGCGUUCUUGGAAAAAGAUAACAGAAAAGGGAACAUUUUUAGGAUGUGGUUUUACAUAUUAAACCAAAUUUGAGCUGGUUAUGAAAAGGACCAGAUUCAACAUGGAUGUUUUUCCAUUUCCUGCAAAAACAACCCAGACUAUCUGUGACAAAACUGAUUCUCAAUGCAUUUGAUUGUUGACGUCUGAGAUCAGACUGCAUCAAUUCCUUUACAGUACAACAGUCAGUCCUUUUGUUUUUGUUGUUUGAAACUGAAACUGAUCUAAAUCCAGAUUCUCCUCUCUAGAUAUUAACAUACCUAGAUAAUGCAGUUGUUGUCACAAUGCUCCAGAAUUUGCACGCUAGAUGUUGAGUUGCAUAAAUGUGUUGCUAGGAAGUUGAGAGUAAAUCUGAAGUAUUCCAACGCUGGAUGGCAGAAGGGGCUGCAGAACACACUGCAGCUUUGUUGGUGCUUAUGUACAUCUACGCUUAAGAAUAUCUGAAGUGUUCCUCAUUUGCAAGGAUUAAAAGAGCUGCGUAAUUGUCCACUGGGGUCCAAUACCUUUAAAAGACACAAACAAUGCUGUGAUGUUUAAACUCUAAGAACUUGCAUGGUUGAGUUUUAACGUGCAGCUGGUGUUCUUUGCAAACACUGAUAACGAAUAAUGACGAUAAUAAAAUGACGAAUAAUAAGGAAUAGUCCAAGCCAUGUGCCCUCAAAUCUAAAUUUCAGUGGUCAAUUGUCUUGACGAAUAGAAAAGGAAAAGGAAACAUCCUGAUCAGAUGUUUUACCCCCAUCACCGCAUCCAUGAUCUUUUAUCAUAGGUCUUACCCUCAGGACGAAUCUGUCAGAUCGCUAUCUGAAGCACUUCCACUUAAGAGAUACUUGUCAUUAAAAGAAAGGGAGGCUUUAUCCCAGAAAACAUCUGGCUGUUCCCAUCUAAAUGACUUCACAUUAAGAGUGACAUCACAUGGGAUAGUCCCCAGAGUCCGGUCCAAUGAUUGCAGUAUGCUUUGGUAACCGAGGACCCACCCUGUUGGCUUUCACAUUCGAGUAACCCUGCUCUGGCCUCCAUCUUUCAGCCUCAGGGAGCAGCAAGCAGCAUCUGACCAGAGCAGAAAAGAGCAUGAUUCAGCUGAACGGAGGACAAGACAGCUGUUUGUAGCUUAUGUACAAUCAGAAAGUGUGUUUGGUUUAUAGCCGUGUUUGUCCAACUCUUCUAACACAAUCAAUCAAUUCAGCUCUGAAGUAUGGCUGACUCACUCACAAUCCCUUUCUCACGCGCUCACAAGCAAAAGUUGAUUCCUCUCCUGUUUACAGUGAUGGAAAACACUGAGCUUGAUGAUAUAACAGAGAGCACACACGAGUCCUAAAGCAGCUCUGUUGACUCACUGUACACCCAUUACCAUGAUGGCAGAGGGGAGUGAGAGAUCUGCGCCCAUCGAUCGCUCCAGCUGGACUGUCGAUACUCGCCUUCGAAUUCUGACACAGCGGACUAAUGGUCUCCUGGGCCAGUGGCAACCAGACGCACGCCCACGCACCAUCCCAGCACCUCGGGGUGUAAUGCACAAAAGGGAGCCCAUCAAUACAUCAAUACUCCACGACCUGCAUUUACCUGCUGCCUCAGCCGUUUCAGCAAUCAGCACAGUGUUGAGAGGGUGCAUUAACAACAGCGAUGUUCACUCAGCGUGUGAUUUUUCAUCUGUCCGCCUCUGUUCUGCAAAUCAUAGUUUAUGUGUAAGUCAUAGCAAGUACAGUCACAGUACAGGGAGGCGGUGUGGACCUUGGAGAGGUGCGCUUUGGACUUAUUCCACCACAUAUUUGAAAAAUUUCUCUGUAGAUUGGUUUGCUAUUUGAAUUUUUCAUCACUGAUGUUGCACAAGUUGACAAAUAACCCAAAUUUGAACGUCUUUCAGCACUGAAUAUUCAGUGGUCACCAGCUACUUCUUAGCAAGAGCAAGUAGCUGUACCAUGGUCAAUAUCAAAAAUAGCAAAUAUCAUGUAUAUAUGUUGAAAUUCACAUACAGAUUUUUCUUAGCUGACUCCAAUAACUGAAUAACCUCAUCCUGAUGCCAUUACUCAUGAGUUUACUGACUGUCUUUUACAUUUUUACAUCUUAAAUAGUGAAUGAAGAUCUAAGAGUAUGAAAGGCUAAGAUUUAGCAUUUAUAUAAAUUCUCCAGUAUCUAAUUUCUUGUUGUUUUCAGGUAAUUUUCUGCAGUUGAAUCAGCGCCGAGGUUAUUUUGGCGAUAUCCGAUAACUGCGCCUACUGCUGCUUUGUACUUCCUCAUCUUUGCUGCAAUGAUGACUCUUCAGGUGACUCAAAAAAUCCAAUGUGGUUAAAAUAAGGAUGUUUUUCCCCUCUCAGAAUAGGUGCAGCAUACAUUUGGCAAAUUGCAUUCAUGCCAAAAAAAAAAAAAGCACCAGCAAAGUUUGAAUAGAGAACUAGAGGAGAGACAUGAGGCACUGUUGUGUUCGCUAAAUUCUUUAUAGAAGCUUUCUAUGAUCUCAUAUGAUGAUAUUUCAAACAAUGGAAAGCUUACUUUUAAGCAUAGACAACCUAUUUGACGUGCAAGACCACUUUUCUUGUUUUGACAUCAGCUUAAGCAGCUCUUGGUCUUACCUGGGGCUGAGUAUUAGGGAAAUGUUAUAGAGGAAGAAAAACUCAGAUUUUCAGGAUAAAGUCACUUUUUCAAGCGGCAUAGAAAAAAAGACACUUAUCUCUGAAAGUUUGUAGAUGAAGGGAUAAACUUAUCCUUGGUGGUUUCCUCAGAGUCUCAGCCCUUUGCUUCAUCUUCAUCAUAAAUGAGUUCUUCCUCUGUUUGGUAGAUGAUGUUAAUGAAAAACGAUGUGUCGCACACUGUGUCUCUGUGGGACUUUGAUCCAUGAACAUAUCCUACUUGGCAAAAUCAUGUUAUGCUUCAACAUGUACACACACAUGCGCCCACUCUUCCUCGCCUAGUUUAGCAAGACAGAUUUUUCGUGGCUGUCCAUCCGACAGGCCGCCUGUAGUCGGCCCUCAUGGUCAUUUAACAGCAGGGUAAUGGUGUGAGCAGCACUGCUUGACUGCUCCUCAGCCCUGCUCGCCCUGGAGGCUGGUGUUGUGAGGAGGAGGAGGAGGGGUGUACUAACCCUUCCUGAUCACACGGGGAAAAGCCACUUUGCCUGCGGAGAAAGGAAAGGAUGUAAAAGGAGGGGGUUGUGUUGGUGAAGGACUGAGGUGACAAAAGAGCUUUUGUGGAUGUAAGUUUACGGCGUUAACCCCUUUCUCUCCCUGCUUCACAUGAAUAACAAGAAACCACUGUGACAACUAAGCGAUAGCCCGAGGCACUACGUUUGAUUAUGUGUGUGUCAGGGGUUCAGCGCCACGCUUAGCCCCGGGUGUCUUGUGACAGAGUUGACAUUCUGGAGAAAUGAGAGCGUGGUCAGCUGUUGUUGAAAUGCCACGAAGAGGAGGUUUUUGGACAAAAAGGGAAGAGCGCUCGCUGCACUUUUCCCCGUUAGUGUCAGAAUUAGUGAAGCCACAGUAGGUUGUCAACAUGGAUCUCAGGCAGCGCUUCACUGAGGUGUGCUGACCUGCUGAUCACUGUGAACGAGGGGAACUGGGAGUGGCUGUAAAAUUAGACGCGACCAAUAAACACAAAGGCAGUUCUGGGUUAUUUCUGCGCGUCCACCUGUCUGUGAAUGUGUGUGUACAAAUGUGUGUGUAUUGCUCUGUGGCUAGUCCCCUCACAGAGACGUCUGUCAGACACAGCAUCAAGCACUGACCUUUACUGAGGUGCCAGCAAACACAGAGUACACACACACACAGCAGCCUAAAUUGAUGUCCAUUUCUGUAACUUCUCUGAUGUGAAUAAACUCUUUCUUGUUUUUCUCCUCUUCCUCUUCUUUCUUUUAAAUGUCUCCUUCUAGCCGCCUCUGUCCCUCCUCGGUGUCCCUUCAGUCUUUCUUUCUCUCUUACACUUUGUGACACUCCCUCCCUGGGGCAGCCAUCAGUUCAGAUGAGCAUCGUUUGUGACAGGCCAGCUUUGUCUUUUUAAGCCAUUAGCAGUUCCUCUCCACCCACCUCACCAUCAUUUCCCUCCCUUUACCUUUUUUUUUGUCCUCUUUUUGUGUUUGUGCAUUCACAUCUCUCCCUGCUGACUGGUAAUUUCUCUAAUAAUCCACAUGACAAACACACUCUCGGCUAGAGUGAGGAGGUGACAGGUAUAAAUAUGUAACUGCACUUCUAACUGAGGUCUUCUCUCUGCUUAAUGAACUGGGAUGUUGGGUUAAAUUCACUAAGGUAUGCCUACAGGUAAGCAAGGUCUAAUAAGAUUUUGCAGUCGGAGGAUUGUUUGCAGUGCACCGCCCUCCCUCCCUCUUCAUAGCUCGGUGUAAUUCUCCCUGCUCUGGACUCCCCCACAGUAAACUGUCAAGCCUAAUACAGGCAGGAAUGUCCAGUCACCUGCUCCUAAAAUGCAACAGCCCCGUGCUACACUAACCUAAUAUAGACCUGCACCACACAAGCAGGUUUGGAUAACACCGUUGUUGCUCAUUGCAUAUAUUUAAACACACACCUCAACAUGCCCCAGCUCAGCUGUUAGGCCGGGGAGUGGAAACUAAAAUUGUUCCAUACAGCUAUGUGUGAAUUGAAGAGUAUAUCAAACUAACAGGACAUACUUAAUAUAAUCCUUUAAUCCUCAUGAGUAUGAAUCUUUGUUGCACAUAAUAAGUAAUCACAAAGCAUGUGUAAAUGUAUUAUUUUGCAUGAAUCUGCAACUACAGCACCAAAACAUUUUAGUAACUGCUUAAUUAGACCAAGUAAGGAAGAUAUUCUACAUAAGAGGCAGAAAACUGCAGUUCCUUAAGUGUCCACUAGAGGCUGGGUCCCAAAGUUCAAAAAUCCCUAAAGACACCUGUGUAAAAAUGGGUAAAAAUGCAUGUUUCUUCUGCAAAUUUAAACAUAUCUACUACCUGGAGCAAAGUAUAGUUCAAGGAUUUAAAGUUCUUGAAGUGCACAGUGUUAAGAAGUGUUGUUUUGCACUUCCUCACAUCACCUGUGCGUCACAAACAGUGCAAAUGACUAGAGUAUUCUGCCGUCUGCGUAUGGCACUUCAAAUGCUUGCUAUUUGUUGGUCAUUGUGUGCACAUAUUAAAUGUGUUGCCUACAUGAGUGGAGAAACAUCUGCCAAAACCAAUAAUAAUUUUUUAAACUUUCAUUACAGAUACUAAUAUGAUGCAGAUAAAGUGGUGCAUUUUAUGGUGCAGAGACACCAAUAAGUGACAUCACUGAGAGCUUUUACACUUUGGUUGAGCGUGAAUGUCAAUAUUUGAUGCUUUUUAGUUGUGCCACAGUACUUAGUUAGGCAUUAGUGUCUCAAAUGAUCUACAAAAAGCAUCCUUGUUCAGUAUCAAUUAAAUACAAUAAGGACUGUUCAGGUAGAGCUUGUCUAAGUUAGAGGCCUGUUAGUUGUAGAAUAAGAACAGUUAAGGCCAAUACAGAGCUCAUAUGCUCCUUAUCUUAAUGCAUAUACGCAACAAAUAAACAAUGGAUGUGUCCAUCUCAAUGUGAAGUCUGACUAUACUUUGAUGUCAGUUAAAAGUGUGAACAUGUGCAGUCAGAAAAUCUGGCCAAAGAUCAAGUGUAACACGUAAGCCUAAGAUUCAAAGUGCUCGUGUAUCGAUGACAGAUCCUGGAUCAGAAUGAGAAAUCUAAUCCUGCCGUCUCACAACACACAAAACGCGCUCAACAAUUUAGCUGCCACCUGUUGAUGACAAAUGAUUUUCACUGUCUGGAUAGGUUUGCUCAUUGUGUGGCCUUAAUGCCCGAGUGGGUGACUUUCACACGUGUGAGCUUAAAGUGUUUCUGCUGACCUCGGCUCGUUUCUGUCAUUAGUGCUGCAGUGGUCAGAGCAAAAGGCAACAAGCUUUAUAAUGAAGUCUGAUGCUACUGAUGUAACUGAGAACGUUUAAACAGAAGUCAUUUACCUUAAUACUACCCUCCACUCAAAGUGUCAACCUGUCAUACAAACUGGCUAUUUUCUAACUGCAGGAAGACUAUUACACCUCUGCUCGGCUCUCACAGCCUAUCACUGUACAAGUGCAGCCUGACUGGAUCUGACAUGAAGGUGACAGGGACAUUUCAUUUUGCCUCUGACACUGCAACAAGGUUUGACGGAUGCUAACACAACAGUAGCCAUGUUAGUGUUUGGAAGUCGCCUGCCUGGCAUUGUAAGGGUUUUGUGCUACACCUAAAGCUAACUGAAGGGGAACAACUGUUUAUCCAGGUGUGUGCUGAUGAUGGUUUCCGGUGCCUGCAAAACAUUUUUCUUAGUGUUUUGGUUAUUUUUCUGUGUAUGAGGUGGUUUCCUGGGUAGUCAAUGGUGCAUAAUUUCAAGCCAAACACACCUCAGGGGAAACUGUUGUUACGUGGUUCAUCAGUCCGGUGGUCUGUGAAGGCUUUGACUUAGAGAAAGAAAAAACUUUAUAAUCUGAUUAACUGUAAACACACACAAAUGAUGCACAGAGGUUGAACAGAGAGCAGAAGGAAGGUGUUUGUCGGAAGCGUGACUGCAGGUUUUCUGGGUUUACCAGAAUCUACAGCAGAUGUUUCCUCUUUUUUAACCCUCCUGCUCACGCACUUUCUACAUCACUGCUUUCAAUGUCACCUGCCUUUACUGGAGUUUCACUGGACUGGCCGACCUGGUGAGAAUUCUCUCACUAUAGUCCUGCUGAGUGUUGGAGAACCGGAGCAGGCCUCCUCUCUGAUGAAUGAAUGAGGGAUUUGUAGAUACUGUUAAGUGGGUGGCAUUGGGUUUAGGUGUGUGUGUUUGUGGGAGUUCAAUGGUGUGGCUUUUGCAAGUUUUUGAGGACCAUGAGCGAGUUUGCAUUAAGUUGCUCCAUGUUUUUAAGCUGCUUGUUGUACACAGAGAAAUGCAGGCGCACCAUCAUGUAGCAGCAGAUGUUACUCCUUUAACAAAACAGAUCUAUCAAAAAAAUGUGUCCUCUCUCUAGAGGCUUUUUUACACAGCGUGUUCAAGAUGGGACCGUUGCAUUUUUGUAACAUCUUAUCCUCUUUGUAAAAGCUAUAAAUAUUUGUUAGUUCGUUUCCUCUGUUUAGUUUCAUCUGUAGGUCUGCUUAGCUCUUAAGUGGUAGCUCAAACUCGAAGCUUAAACUCACACUCAGUGAUGCAUACAUAUAAACAUGCAAAAAAAUAUAUUUUUCUUUCAGUGAUGUUAAUGGAGAAGAUAAGACAGUGGAGAAAGAGAGCGUGACAUGCAAAAAGGAGCUGCAGGCCAGGAAAUAGAGAUCAUAACAAAAUAAUGAUCAGUCCAGGUUAACAUGAGUUGUGCUGUGUUCACACAUGCGCUUCAUUCCUGAAAAUUUGCAGGUGUUUUAAAUUUGCACUGAAGUAAAAAGAGUACAUUUUAACUUAGACUUUAACCUGGCUUUUUCCUGCUAACCCCUUUGUGAAAUUUUAUUUAGUCUCUUUAAGUUAAAGCCAGGAAACCUAGGCAACAGUGGUAAUUUUAGGGAAAUACAUCAUGCUAGCAUUAAGCACCUAGUGUAAUUUCUGUGCAUAUAAAAUUCACAAGCAUUGUUCUUUCUCACCCAUCUGUUUAUACUUUACAAACACUGUUAGCUUAAGCAGUAAGGAACAUGUGUGAAUAAGCAUCUGUGCAAACUUUCAGAGAAGGCUGUUCUGAAAUUUUCUACAAAUUUCAUUGGGUGCAUACAUGUGUGAAAGAGCUGUGCAGGAGUCUGUAUUGGCGCUGAGCUGAAAAAUGUUACUAAUAAUCGGAUUCAACUCUCAAACUCAUAAUCCAGGUACAGCCUCAGUGUUAAUUGUUUAAUCGUUUAUUACAGCCUUUUGUUAUAGAUAUCCAGCUGAGAUCAUGUGAUCCUGCAUAAUGACUGAAAGCUCUCCACAUACCAAGCAUGCCAUUUAACAGCUUAACAUACAAAACACGCUCACACACACUCACACACACACUCUUCACUCUCACUUAGGUACACCGAUGUUAUUACCUUGGAUGGGGCUGCCUCACCUCCAACAUAAACAUAGGUUAUGAGACAAGUGUAAACUUGGUGGCCUGGGAAUAGCUGUGGACGUGUGCGUGUGUGUGUGGUGUGAUCACACCCUCACUCCUCACCGGCCCACCUGGCCUUAUUUAGAAGAGCUGAGAGGAGCCAGAAGCAGGGACUCUCUGAGGAUGCCCAGUCAAACAGAAUGUGUGGCUCAUCAUGGUGCUCAUUAGCCCUGCAGAGAGAUAAUAUUGUCCAUGCUGUGGUUCAUAGCCAGGAAAGCCUGUGACUUCCCCUGAGUGGAAACAGAGUCUAUUAUCCUGGUGUCGUUUAGGUACAACAGCACUAUUAGGACUAACCCUGAGUAAUAAAAGCACGUGGCAAGCAAAGCACAUAAUAGGCAAGGAUUAGUCAUUUUCCUUUUUUGAACAGCAUUCCACGCUCUCUGAGGCACAAAUCUUUCUUUCUUUCUUUUCCUCAUUAACACCCCCUGACUUCCUUUACACUUCAGAGUGUCAUCAUGCAGAUUAAGAGAACAAUAGCCUCCAUUAGCAUUAGUGUUAUCAUGGAAAGUGCUCAUCUGAUGGGAGAUGAGUGACCUGCAGAGGCCCAUUAGCUCACGUGUUAAAACCUUGAUCGGCAUCAUUAGAAAGUCAAGAGCCCAUUGUCUUCCAGCUCACCUCUGAAAUGAUUCCUGUGCAGAGGUCUGCUCCACAGGUUGUCGUAGAUUUCACUUUGAUGGAGUAAUCCUAAAUGAUACUGGGUGUAAGCCGGGUAUUAUUUGUUGUGUUUAAUCUGCUUCCUGAAUCAAUCAAUUGAACAUUAAGCAUCUCCUGUAUUUGGAUCAGAAGAGCAUCAAAAGUGACUAAUCCUCAGAACGGCUGGCUCUUUUUUUACUCCCUAUGUGUACUUCUGCUUUUUUCGCCCUCAUAGACUUACUUACAGCAGUGAGUAACAGACACUUGAUGUUGUUUGGGGACUUUUUACAGAUUGUUUUGCUGUGUAUCUAUGGAGAUGCUGUCCAGGAUAUGACUGGUCCGCAAUGUGACUGGCUCUCUCUGGUAUGGCUGGCAGGCACUUGUGGUGAAGACACUUGGCAUCAGGUCCCGGACAAGUAUGAACUUGUUAGGGAACAGUCUCUUGGGACCCCUAGUGCUCUCUCCAGCUAACUGACUGUGGGAGGAGAUACUGACAUGUGUCCUCAGCAGAGGUGGACAGCAUUAAAGUUAAUUUACUAAGGCAUAUUUUUGAGUACCUGUUCUUAACUUUAGUAUAUUUUACUUUUAUUUCACUGUGUUUGAAGACAAACAUCCUUCACUAUAUCCUUCAUAUCUAUUUAUGUCCAGUGGCCUUGUACACUAAAAUGCAUUAUCAGCGUUAUCAUUUGGAACAUUUUUUGCACAGUUUCCCAUUACACUGCAAAUCCAACUGUGCAAUUAAAGGUAAAAAUGCAAUGAUUUUAAGUUUAGUUGACUUAAGAUUAUUAAUUUAUUGGAUAGAGAGCAUGCACGGCACAAGCUGCUGAGCCAGUGUUAGCUAUAAAGCUAAGCAGGGCUGCAACUAACGGCUACUUUAGUAGUCAAUUAGUCACCGACUAAUUGAAACGAUUAGUCUACUAAUCGGAUAAUUACGUGCCUUCUCCUCAAAUUUUCAUGCAUCACAACCAAAAUUCGCACACAAACCUUGCAAGUUUAUUUAUUUUUUUUUUUUUGCCUUAUCUAGGCCAAAAGUGCGUCCAAACUUUGGAGGUUUCUAAGUAUGUACUCAAAGCUGCUGUAUGAGAUACCAGCACCUCCAUGCUUGAAUACCCUACCGCUCAGCGGAAACGCUAUUGCGCAUGUGUGACUUUAGCCAGAGAUUGUAAUAAAUUAAGAUGCAUCACUCCACUGGAAAAAACACGUCUGGCGACAAUAGUCAACAAUGAAAUUCAUUGUCGACUUUUUUCAUUAUCGAUUUUUGUCAACAUAUCGACUAAUUAUUGCAGCCCUAAAGCUAAUUCACAUCUGUGGUCCCUGCACAAGGAGGUCCAAAGACAUACAAUACAUAAGACUAAAAAAUAACUUCACAAAAAAACAACAUAUUUUGACUGACAUUAAGCUCUCUUUCAGACUGUUGUAUACACAGUUUAAUCAGUGAUCACAUGAUUGGUUCACCUUAAGUAGUUAGUGGAGGUAAAGCCAAGGCCAAGACCUGACUUUGCAUAACUUCUUUUCUUUUUCUUUGUUCAGAAGUUACACAUGUUGGGUACAGAUUCAGUGUCAGCCUUGUGUUUACUUGGCAGUCCUUUUACUGAACUGGCCAUGCUUUGCAGCCUGUGCAAAUAAAGAUUGAACAUUUGUUUUACUCCAGAUCAACACUUUAAAACAAGUUGUCUGUGCUUGCAGUAACUUAUCUGCCAUUGUUAUUCUAUCAUUUCUUGUUCCUGCUGCCAUUGUGUAUAUUUUGGUUUCUGCAAACCUGGACUUCUGUGGCAGCUAGUUCAAAAAUGUCUGUUGUGUUAUCUUAUAUCUCAUUAUCUAUAUAAAGAUGCAACACUUCUGUGCGUUUAUUUUAAAGGUCUAACACAGGGGGCACCAGGAUCAACACAGAUUUGAAGCUCCUCACAGAAGCUUUAUAUAAAUUGAUUUUGAAAGUAGUUUGAAUUAAAAUCUAUUUUUUUUCUAUCAAUCCAUUGAAACAACUUUAAAUUUUAUCUGAGUAAUAAUGGACAAGAAGGAUCUUACUCUGACUCAUUUUAUGAAGUCCCCACUGUUACGUGUCCACAGUUUUAUCUUUUAACUGCCUUCGCUUGUGUGAAAUGGUCUAAGAAGUCUGAAGCAGCCUGUGAACAAGCGUAACAUGAAAAAUCCCCAUUUCUUUUGUUUGGUUAUCGCUACUCAAGUGACCUUCCUGGCUCUGUGGGAGGAAGGCUGUUGUUUUAACAAAAUCAGCGACGUUUACCUCCGUGCGGAUUGAGGCGCCUUACCUUGAGACGACAUACUUGAGGUUUUGAAUGGCAUGGCUUUGUUUUACUUUGGUUGGAGCUGGGUUUUUUUGUAGUGGUUGGCUUCCCUGAGAAAAUGGCAUCGCAGAGCCACAAGGGCAGACUGUGUGACGGCAGAGUCUGUACUCUUUGAGGAUGCCUGUGGUAGUUCCUCCGCCGCCUGCCUGGCCCUGAGCUCAGAUAAGUGGCGUACCUCAAUGGGGGAGCCUGAACCAGGGGCUAAAUAUAGAGACAGGAGAGAGGCAGAAGGGCAGACAAAUAGUUUCUGCUGCCGUGGAUGAGUCAAUGUGUCUGAUCACAAGCAGAACAACAGCAGACCUCAGAAUAUGUGUCACUCAUUUGUUUCAGACGAGACAGAGUAAGAGAGAGCUCAGCCUUUGAUCUGUCUCUUUAAGAGUCAAACUCGGGGAAAGUGUUUUGGUUGGACAUUCCUCACAUACCUCCAACACCUUCUGGUAUGGAGCCGUGGGCCAGCACAUAAGACGUAUAGGUUUUAGGUUCCUUACAGAUGUCCUUAUGGGUAAUGAAUCAUGAUAAAAGCCCACCUCUGGAGGUAAGAUGUUUGUGCACAGUCUCCGUGUGUUGAUCUCUGUUGUUCUCAUCGAAAGCUCAGCUAUUAAACCAGUCAGUCACACCUUGAGGGCCUCAAAGAGACAGAUAACUUACUCCCACAGAGGCUGAGAUACCGCCAUUCCUAUCAGGCACUCCUCUGUGAGUGGAAGCCAUCUGCUGGUGCACAAGCAGACCUCUACUGUAGAGCUUAACUGGCCAGUUUGUCGGCUGAUACUAUCAGUCUGUUAAACGCCCAUCUCAGGUUUUGAUAAUUCUGCAAAUGCUUUGACAUAAUUGAUGACACUAAAAAAUACUUGAGGUAGUUCAAUCCUAUCACAUGGUUUGUGUGCCAGAGCAGGCUUUGACUCAAUUUCAUCAUACCUUCAGCUGUUGUUGUCGACUCAUCAAACCAUGAGCCAAAAUAGUGUGGAAAGUCUGAGUCCAGUCUGAGUCAGUCUCUGUUACCCAGGUUUGAGUUUGGGUUUGGGUUUGGUUUUCAUUACCUGAAGAUUUGUGUCAAACUCAGACUGGUUUGGGGCUUGUAUUCUAAGGCUUAAAGUUCUUGAGAGAAGUUUUUUGAUAUCAUUGAAACUGACUACAAUUCAUAUUGAUGCCUUAAUUUGUUACACUAAAGUACAAAAACCAUCAGACUGACCAUUUUUACUCUGUAAUUUCUAACACUUGAAGCUGAUGUAACGGGGUAGGUGUCACUGGAGUCACUGAAGAGUCAUUAACCUCCCUUUUUUCAUAAAUAGACACAAACCAAAAGUUUCUCACAGGAUCUUUAAACAAAAGAUGCAAACUACAGUUUUUAUACAUUUUCAGUGAUUUCUUUUUAACUCCUAGGACAUAUAUUUUGAUGUUUAUUGUAGUAUUCUGCAUUUCUUAGUGCAGUAAUGGCACUUGUGGUUUAAGACACUCUUGUCUUGUGUAUCAUGCAGGUGGCAUUUCCUCUUAACUCCGCAAAAAUACUGUUAUACAUUUUACAUACUUUUUUUGUCUAUUUUUGUUCUUCAUCCUCUUUUCUUAUCAGUUUGGAGAGAAAGAGCUUGUCCCUAGUCCCAAAACGUGCUCGCUAAAACUUCAAGAACUUGCCUUGGCACCUUCAACCUUUAACUUUUGCUAUUAUUUGGAUUGUGUUUUACUGUUGUUGUGUUUUUACUCCAAUCUUAAAUAAGAGAUACCUUUUGAGUCAGUGUCUGAGUCAUGACUCUGAAAAUUAGCAGUGAAGACAGACCUGUUCGAUGUGAAACAGCAUCCCAGCUAAGUAAACACCACUCAACACAAUAGUUGUCAUACAGCAGUAAAUAUUUCUGUCCAUAAAAGUCUGUCGUUUAAAUCAGAGUCAUCUGAGGACUUUCAGCCUGUCAUAUUUACUCAAAAAAAAUCAUGAAGUUUGGCUCCUCUGUCAGUUUCUGCUCUAAAAUCAAUACUGGUUUCGGUGUCAAAAGCCUCCAUAUGUUGGGCUCUACAGUGAUUUUAAGAUCUAGAAAAGUGUCACAUCCAUCACAUACCUAAGUUUAGGAUCGAUACAGUGAGUCUGAAAUAAGUGCCAGCUUAAGCAGAAUCUCUCUGCAGUUAAAACUGUGUCAAAGAGCAUUUCAGCCUCUGUGCUGUCAGAUCAUUGAUGACAAGUCUGCUCAGGUGAUCCCCUUCAAUGUGUUAGCGAGCACUGGGCUUGUUUUCAGAGUAACCCUCUGCUGGUAAUUGAUACAGCCUGGCAGGUGUCAUAACAACACAGCCCCCUCUUCUCUCUCUCUCUCUCUCUCUCUCUCUCUCUCUCUCUCUCUCUCUCUGUGUCUCUCUCUCAGGGAUAUUUAAGAGUGUCUGAAACACUCUGUCUUCAUUGUCUUUCAGUGGACGUAGAGAAAUUUACAAACAGGAAAGAGAGUGAUGGUGUGGGUGGAGCUUUUAUUUCAGUCAUAAAAUAAUGUACCACUUGGUAAUGGAACCUUAAUCUGAUACCAGCUACAAAACAUACAUUUAGUAGGUUUCAUUGAUGUGUAGAUGAAGUGUGAGACCUUUAAACUCUACAACAAAGUCUUACUGUGUGUGCAAUAUAACAACAAUUAUUGUGAGGUCAUUCUAAAUGCCUCUCAUCUCUAAGUUCUAGAGAUGAUUAAAGGUAAAUAUAGCCAAAAGUUAAAGGUACAGUGAGUAAAAAUUAGAACAUGUAGACGCAACAAAUUUUCAUAUUCGCGACUGAAGUGCUCCCUUGCUCACUCCUCCUGCCUGUGAAGCUAAGGUGACCUCAAGCCUGAAAAGUGUCAACCUCCGUUUUUUAAGUUUGUGUCAACUUUACUGAUCCCCAGAGGGAUGGUGUCAAUUCUGUGUUAGGUGCAUAAACAAGAGGUGGUGCUCUCCUAGUUGCAUGAGCAGCAACCUCUGUCGCCAUAACUAUCUCUUUUGUUGUCUCAAAGACAACAGGGUCAGUUAAGUGCUGAGGUUUUUAUUUCACACUAGCAAAUCUGCUGGUGGUUUUCUAUCUGUGCUGUCGAGUGCGAUAAUAAAAGUUUUUUAUGUUAAGGUUUUCUAGCUUGCAUUGAUUGUGUCCUAUCACCCAGAUCCCCUGAGAGUUUCAGUGUGGGACGGGGUACUAAAGGUGUGAUCUAUGGCCAGGGGGGUUACAGAUGAACCUUAAACCACAGCCAUGCUUACAGGCUGUUAUUUUCUCAGGUGUUCGACUCUCUCCAACCUAUCGAGGAGAGCAAACUUUCAAAAGUGAAGCUUUUCACCUCCUCCACCUACCAGUGCUCCUUCUCUCAGCUGCGUAGGAGUCUUCCUCCUGUUGUGUGCUAGCAUGCUAGCGCUAAUGAGGCCAGCUGUCCAAACGCUCAGCCGGUCAGCCAGAAGGGACCACAGCCUUUGUUGACGCUAGGUGUUACAUCUCCUGUUGGAACACACAGUUUUGUCUCAACACCGCCAACCAUUUGGCACUGGGAGACCAAUCUUUGUUCACCUCCCCCCGCACCACCCAACACCACCACUGCUCCUUUACUCUCUUUCUUUCUCUCCAACCUUUGCUCCACUUCGCAGUUCCAACUUUUAUUGUCCUGCUGACGGUUGCCACCUCCCGUCUGCGCACACCAGAGCAUUGAUUUUUCUCUCUACAGCUUUAUAUUUGAUCAUUUUCUCUUGACACUGCUGGCAGAGACUGUUGCCUUUGUAAUCGCUGACCUCAGCUCCACACCUGAGUGGCUGUGGCCCCAAACAGCCUCUAAAACUCAUCCUAAAGCACCCUCUGUUUCAGGAUGAAGUGUUGCACCCUGUUUGGGCCCCCCUGAACGGACAAUACAUCACCUGGCAGAGUUGCUGUGACAGAAAAAAGAUUCAGGGUUAGAGAAAGAGGAGGAACAAGGACACACUGGUUUACACAGUCUCACAGUCCUCUAGAAAAUCACUUCAUUAGCAGGUUUGUAGCUCCCAGCUCUGCAAAUGACCUGUUCUCUGUUGAACAGUAGAACCACAAUUCUAUAAUAGUUGGGAUUCUGUAAAAAAAAAAAAAAAGACAGAUUUUGAUUUAAAGUUUGUGUCUAAUUGCCAAGAGUAAAGAUAAUCAAACUACUGAAACUGGAAGUUUUGGUCUUGAAAAUGUCAUUCAAACAUCACACAUCAAGGCCAAUAGGUGAUAUUGGAUGUAUGUGAUUCUCAGACUGUCAGGCUGCAAUUCAUUAAAAAAAAAAAAAAAAACUGAUAUGACUCUGCAGUGAAAAUCACUGCAUGAGUCCAAAUCCAUUUACCUUAAACAAAGGAGUGUGAACAGAAAAAUUAACACUACAUAUAAACAGCCCCAAAAUACUGUUGGACUGAAGUGAAGUAGGGAAACUACAUUGAAAAUAUGACGUUCUUUUUGGAAAUCAUGGACCUCUACUCUAAUAGGGCGCUCACACCAAGCGCGAAUAAAAUCAUCUGCUCGCUUAAUUCACGAAAAUCUAGACGCGUGAAUGAAUAGUAUUUACUCGCUUCAUUCGCGCGGCAACGGUAAUCCCUGCAAAUUCAAGUGAUAGACAAAGGUUUUUUUACAAUUUACCAGGUAACCUGACCUCCUUACCCACUUUCGUCCAGAUGAGCUCCUUUUUUUUACGGUUUCAGUAAUUGAAAGAUGUAUCAUAUAAUUCGGAACACCCACACACCGACACGAUCAGUAUGUCCUCCAUUGUAGAUACCAGUGAAUAGCUGUCCAUUUUCAUACGUCUCUUGGCAACUUUCGUGCUGAUUAGUUAUCCACUCAAGUUGAGACAUUUUCAGCUCCUGCCCAAUUCGCAUCAUUCACGCCACCGAGUAGUAUGACUUAACAUGUAAUUCAAUCGCGCAAACAAAUUUGACUUGGGUUUGGUGUGUGGGGACAGCAAGAGUGCCCAUGACAUGGUUAGCUUAAACAAUGAUCUGUAAAUCAUCAAUGUCUGUUUUAUGAAUAUUAAAGGUGUCUGCCACUCCUGAAAACAGCAACAUGUAGCGCCCAUGUCACGUUAAAGAAAAUAGAGGGUUUUAUGAAGUGAGAAUGAGUGUGAAGAGAGGAAUGAGUUUGAGAAUGGAUUAGAUCUCCUGAUGAUCCCUGGUAGGAUGUGCAGCUGCGGCACAGCGGUGUUGACCCUGCGAACGACUCACCAAAUAACAGUGCUUCAACCUCCUCCUCCUCCUCCGCCCCCACGCCUCCGUCCCCCCUGCCUCCCCCUCAGCCUGAACCCUGCUGCACGUCCACCAAGUUUACGUGUGAAAAGCGAGCGGUUGUAAUGACCCGCGCGAUGAAGAGAGAAAGAGAGAAACAAUUCUCAUUGAUUGUAACGGAGGAUCAUGAUUCUCACAGAAACGCCUCCCGAGCAGCCACUUCAGAAAGAGGUGGGCGAGUGGGGCGAGGGUGAGGGAAGAAAAAGAGAAAGAAAAGCUCAGGUGCUUUGUACUGGCAGUGCAUAUUCAGAGAGUGAAUGCAGGUGGUGUGUGUGUGUGUGUGUGUGUGUGUGUGUGUGUGUGUGUGUGUGUGUGUGUGUGUGUGUGUGUGUGUGUGUGUGUGUGUGUGAUGUGGGAUAAAGUAGCUGGAGAGGUAGUUUUCAGCGCUGCAGCCCGGACCCUCUGCUGACUGCGCUGCUCUCACAGGAGAAUUGAUUUGGCCUCCGAGAGGAUCUGUAGCUCUCUCAGUGGAACAGAGGGUUGAAGGAGGGGGGAGAGAGUGGGUGGAAGUUACACAGGUGGAAUUGAGAGAUGGAGAAACAGGGUGGAAAUGAAGAGAGGACUCAGAAACACACACAAACACUCGCACACACACAUGAAGCAGACAGUCAGUCAGGAAAAUUUACUCCCUGUAAUAACCCUCUCUGUAGGCUGGCUGUCUUUGUGUCUCCUGGCUCCUUUAGCCCAUAACACCACCGACCAGGUCACACCAACUCCCACACACACACACACACUUCAGCCUGCACACACACACACACCACUCCAGCCUGCACACUAAUGAUCUCACACACUGGUACUGCAUGUGUGAUUUUUCUCUGUUUCUCUGUAACUCACAGCCUGUUGUUCACCUUUUUGCUUUCACUAUGGACUCAGAUUUUCCCUGAUUUUUUAGGGUCCAAGCAUACCGAAACAUGCCUGAAUACUCACCUUCUUUUGCACACACAUCAGGCAUGCAUACAAUUUACAUAUUUUGGUGGUCUCAUGAAAAAAUCCUGAAAAUUCAGUUCGAUAGUGCCCCCUGAAAUUAUUCAGAAGUUACCAUGUCCAUUUGACUGCACACUGGUGGAUCUUAAGAUCUUCCUCGAAGAGCACAUAAGACUACGCCAAACACUGUUGCCACGGCAGCAAAGUAUUAGUAUCAGUAUCAAUAUCAUAGUAUUAAUAUCAAACAGGAAGUAGUGUUUUGAAGUCCUUCACUUACUUGUACACUGGUGCCUGGAGGGGAAGUCUCAGUCUCAAUGGGGCAUUUGGCCACACCCACAAAUUAAAAACAGUUAAAAUUCCAGUGUGAAACCUGGAAAGUUUUGCAGAUAUAAGAGCUUUAGAUGCUGAUAUCAUGAAUCAUCAUAAGUUGCUCCUCUGGUUUUUCCUACUUUCCUUACUUCCUACUUUGAUUUGGCGCAUGAACCAGGUAACCAAGCAGCAACAUUUAGCUUGACAACUACUACCAUGUUGUUCCCACUGUUUAUUUCAAAGUCACACUUUAACAGGAGAGAUUUUGUGAGGUUUCCAGUUUGGGGAGUGUAGACUGAUUGUUGGUGACUGUCGAUCACAUCUUUGCAGCACACAAUGCAAUAACAAAACCAUUCAAUCUGUCAUUAUCUGUCAUCAUGUGUGAGUUCUCUCUCAUUUUCAACAUCUGUUAAAACUUUUAAAAUCUUUUGAUUGUGGGCUUUAGAGAAACAUUAAAAAAAAACUUUUCUCUUUGAAUUUGAGUUGGAGUAAAACAAAUAGUCUGGAAAAAAAACAGCUUUUUACCUGCUCUUUAAUCAUAAUAACAGGAGAGAAAACAAUUUCAAUCUCACAUAAUAAAUGGAUGAUUUUUCCCAGCUUGUCCCUGAAGACUUCUGCUCACUAUAAUCUAUAAAAGUACCGCUGUCGUCUGUUUAAUUGGUGCGAGCAGCUCUUUACUCUCUUCUUCUUUGACCCUCCUCUUUAAUAGUUUUGACAUUUAAAUGACAUUGUACACAUAUUUAACCCCUUUGACUCAUGGCCUUUCACAUUCACUGCUCUUAAUUAAGGAGCACAUACAUGAAAAACACUUGGUAUUACCAAGGGUAUAAAUAUGAAGUGUGUGUAACCUGUUCGCUCUCCUUUAAAGACUAAUAAAAAAAAGAGACAGAGCCGUUCUAACCUCUGACUCUUCUGUCUCCCUCUGCAGUGACGAACUACAACAAUGUGGUGGAGGCCGGCUCAGAGUCCGAUGAUGAGGACAAGCUGCACAUCGUGGAGGAGGAAGGCAGCCUGGCGGACGGGGCUGACUGCGACAGCACCCUGCCAGAUGAGGAGCACCCCAGGGAGCACUGCUGGGAUAGAGGUGAACAUUAAUGAAAAUAACAUACAUUCACACUGAAUCAUACAAAACACCUCAUCCUUUAUUUAGAACCAACAUUUCUACACCCUGCUGUGAGUCAUGUCUGACUAUUUUCCAUAUGGAAACAAUCAGUACAGAAGGCAAUUUAAAGCUCCUGAAGAAUUGGUGGUAUGUGAGGACUUUGGCGCCCCCUGUGUACCUGUUAAUUCGUUGCUGAUCUGGUCCUGUAAAUCCAAAAAUAGAGUUUACUGACAAAGGAUCCUGUCCUGCCCUCUUCAGUCCUAUUUAUAAAUCACUUGUUUUGAAUACUUGAGGUAAAUGUUAGACAACAUCUCUUUCCUCAGUGUACUGCAAGGGCCUGUGUCCACUGACGCCUUAUUUAUAUACUUCAGUAGAAUAUAUUUCUAGUAUGUUCUGACAAUGAAUCCUAUCCUGUAUCUUCAAACAGUCAUAUUUAUAUAUCAUUGUUUUAAAUACUUGCAUCAGAAAAUGUUCAAAAGGCUCUUUCCUUAGUGCACUGUAAGGGCCUGUGUCCACUAACAGCUUAUUUUACUUAGUUUGAGCCUAUUUUCUCACACAAAACUAAAGCAGUUCUCAGUGUCUUCCCAAAAAUAAUGAACUCAUGUUGUAAUUUGUUGCUGCACUUAACAUGCUUUUAGUUUAAAUCAGUUUCAAUACUUCAUCAUGAACCAAUAAAUAUUAGGAAGGGGUGGGACUUAUGAUAACAACUUUGUCAAGAAUAGUGACAGAGGUUUGGAUAAAGGAGAAACUAGGCAUACUUGUUCUGAAAGGGUAAAACUUACAGGUAGACAACCUCUGCUUAUUUCCUCAUACAAAUCAUAUUUUUAUUUUAUUUAUUUAUGUUAUUUGUCUGUGUUCUAUUAUGCAAACUACCAUUGAAUGACUGCAAAUUCGAAGCCUAAACUGUGUUUCAAAACUGAGUCAUUACUUAGGAAAAUGACAGUUCUGGGUGACAACUUUGAAGUACCACUAAGCACUGACGAGAGGAGCUUCAUUAAAUAAGAUUUGGCCAAAAAUAUGCCAUCUGUGGACACAGGCCCUUCUUCUCCAACACCAACAGGCCUGUCUCCUCUUCCUGCAAACUGUGCAACCUGCCUCCACCCCAGCUCCUUCAUUUAAUGCUGUGUUGGAUUCGACCAGUGCCGCUUGUAUUUGAUCCGGUUUGUGCCCAGGGUGUCUUUGCCGCUGCUCUGCCUUUUCAUAUAUGCAUAUGAAACAGGAGAUGUGUACUCUCCUCUGCCUUAGAAUCUCCCUGAACACAGCUAGACAGCCAGUUGUAACUUACUGUGAGCUUACUGAGUGGUAAGCACUCUGCCGGUAAAUUACCACAUGGCCCCUAAUGUCUUCCAACAGCCAAGCAUGAAGAUAGAUGUGGACAGAUAACCAGCAAGAGCCAGUUCAUCACUGAGGUUAUCUAGUGGGCACCUCCCCUCACUGUUUUUUCAUCAUGUUAGGUUCAUGACACCUCAGAGGGUUUCAGCAGUUAGGUAGCGUCUUGGAAACACCCCCGCCUCACCCUCAAUCACACCCACACACCAAAGCAGGAAAAACAGCCGAAGCUACUCAGUAUUCAUGGUUUGAUACUUAAAUAAUCUAGUUUACUGCUGCAGGUUUAUCCAAAGUUGCCUACCCCAGAUAUUUUUACCCCACUUCUGCCUUAAAUCUUAUUUUCCUAGAAUGUGAAAAUUAUGCCAGUGGGGAUAACAGCACUUGAUUCACUACUUGCCAGAUUUUUCUCUUAGACAAGUGCCAGUUUAUUGAGGCGAGGCAAAGAAAGAAAGGCUUUGAUGCUACCAGAUCAUUCAAAUUGCACUGGAAUUUUUUUUGUAUAAUUUUAUAUUAAGUAUCAAAAGUUCUGAAGAUGUAAAUUUCAUAGCAAGUGUCUCAUUUCUUUGUCAGUCCCAGCAUCUUCAGCAAAGUAUCUUUUAUUGUCUUUCUGUCUGCGUAGGAUAAGAGCAUUACUUACAAACGCCUGCAGCACAUAAAUGCAAAUCUUUCUUGCGGCGUCUUACUGUUGCUGUUUCAUUUUGACCCAGCUGACGUGAUUUAGGCUAAGUUAAGAAAUGUCUCAGUGACAUCUGUGCACGGUUAAGUACCAAGCUUUUGUCUCAUUGUGAAACACAGAGAGUAAGGAAACAGGUACUACACGUGGUGGGUCUCUGACUAAGGCAGGAAGAGCGAUAUGAAGCAAAGACAAUGCCAACAGAGGGAGAGACCUUCGAACACAAAAAAUAGACCCACAACCAAAGAGCUACAGAGCGCUUUUAUGGCACUGGUGGGCAUUUCAGGGGCCUCUGUGAACUCCUUUUUACCUCAAACUGUGUGGAAGUGACAUCAGAGGCAGCCCACCGCCACAGGAAAGGCUGACAUCACCCCCCUCGCUCUCCAUCGAAAACAACAAUUGCAGGUGCUGAAGGAUGUCGGUGUUUCAACCUGGACUCAAGGCCUCUUUGCUGCUCUUUUAACCUCACACUGCAUGUGUAUACAUUUGUGUGUGUAUACGUGUGUGCUUUUGUAGAAGUGCUAGUUUCAGGUCUGUGCCAAGUACACUAUGUACUAAAACGCUGUUACAGGCCCUUAUGUAGAGAGAUACUCAGCCACAAGAAUAUUUAGGGUGUUUUCUCUUGCAGGUCUUGGCUGGAUCUUUCACAACUUUGAGAUGUGUGAGGCUGAGGGGGGCUCCGAUUUAGCAAGAGGUCAAAUUAGAACAUGCAAAAAAUGUCCCGCAACCUAUCGCUUACAGUUUAGGGAGGGCUUUUUGGAAAUUCCUCUCCGAUGAGUUGACCUCAGUUAGUUUCAGUUGCGAGGUUUCGGUUGCACACGCACUCAGACCUCAGACCUGUGCACGCUGUAGCCACCUAUUCCCCAAACCACGCCGUCAUUUUCAUCACUGCUCUCCAGCUGUACCUCAAAGUAUAAAGUAAAGUUGGAGGACGAAUAAUGCCAUUGGUUUUGGCUGCAGCUCAUGAACAUUAAACACUUCAAAGCAUGAGUUACACUGAAACAGCUCAGCGCCCUGGCUGCGCUCCACGGUUAUGCCUGAUCAGGCAUAUUUUCUUUUGCUCUCAGUCAUGUGCGCACACACACAUACAUAUACACCUACACAGCUCUCUGUUUCUUGCUUUCUCACUGUCUCCAUCCCUCAUCUCAUACAUCACACACACUCUGCUGUCACUCUGCAUCGCACUGAUGAAACACGGAGAAAGCCACAGUCCUUUAAACAAACACUCCUCUCUCGUCUCUCAUCCCUCUCUCUGUUGGUUUCGCUCCUGAGAACACAAAAGUCUCUGGCGCAGCCUUGAAAAGUGACCACCACCCACUAAUCUUCUCCUCAGCGCAGCCCAGUUUGCUUCAAAUUAAAACCUUGACACCCCUUCUCGUGGGACUGCUGUGCUCCAAAAGUGGAAGGUGGUUUUUUAGCUCUUUGCCAUCUCUCCUCUCUCUUUCUCCCCUCCUUUCUCUUUUUUACGCUCCUCUUCCCUCUCACUGCUCCUCUUGUUGUGAAUCAUUCCUCUUGAUUAUACGGCAUCAUGGGCCCCCUGCUUGCUGUCAUUGCUCAUUCACUCCUAAAUGAUUAUGUAGUGGUAGAACAAGCCCGUGUUGCAGGCUGAACUCCUCGACUCUGAGGGAGGAAAAGGUAGAGUGAGUGUUGACCUGAGAGGGCGUCUCCUUUAUAUUUGAUGAGUUGUAAAGCUUGAUUACAUCUCACAGAAAAGGCAGGGUUGGGCUGGAGAGCUUUGAUAUGGUGAGGCUGCACUUAAUGAGAGUGAAAAGGCUGGGUUUAACUGCAUGGAAAUACAGCCUAGAAGAUGGGCUGGGUGUUAGUUGAGUGUGUUUAAUGGCACUUGUGUCGUGCUGCAGUAUUCCAACCUCUCCCACACGAUGACACUUAGUCCUCACUGCUGGCCUUACAUGCACUGAUGAUAUUCAGUGUUCCUCAGAAUUGCUCUCAAAUCCAUUUGGAUCAUUGGUGCAGCAGGAACACCUACAUUCCUGCAUGCCGUCAUAUGUCAUGAUGUGAGGCUGAGGCUGAGCCUCCCUCCUGCACAGGAAAGAAGGAAUCCCCAGGGAGCUGGGGUGAUUGUCCUGCAGAGACACACAGAACAAACUGUUGAUAGUGAAGGAUAAGCAACCCUUCCUAGAUUUGGAAAUACCUCACAUGUUUUAUCGACUCACCUCCUGUUGAUGGGAGAUAAGGUGAAACAUCUUUAGGAAGGAUUGGGGAAUAUCAGAGCUGUUUGUGCAAACCCUUGUCGCUGAUAUGUGUCUCCAGUCCAAGAUGGGAUCUGCAAACGGGUCCUGAUGCACGACUACAGGAAGAAGAGGGGGGCGAAGGUCAGCCAGGACAGGAAAUGCAACAUGGGAUAUAGUGAUAAUAAUAUGGCAGGGAUUUGGAAAGGAUAAGAAAGGAAUGAGAGAAAGGGAAGAAGAGAGAGAGUGGGUGGUCUGAUGAUUUUCCUUCAAAGAUUCACUCCAGUUGGGUAACACCGUCAGACAAGUUAAGAUUAAAACUGUGUUUUUAGACCCAAAGUGCUACAGAAUGUCCUGCGCAGACCCUCGGGGCCUUCAUUGUGGGGGCUUUGAACCGAUUUUCCUCUUGUGCAGUGGUGCAUUCACAUGCCUGCGUCAGCACAUAAAUGGUCUGUGUGAUGUUUCAUGUCAGGGGAGCAGCCUGAUAACCUGGACCGCCUCUAAAAGAGGGAGAGAGGGGGGAGAGAGAGAGGGGGAGAGAGAGAACCCUUCUGGCCUCUGUACUUAACAAAGAGCUGAGAGAGACAGACAGACACACAUCCACACACACACAUGAGGAGAGAAAACAACAGCUUGUCAUACUUUUGCACUACAGAGCCCUCCAACUGGGACUCCACUUCACACACAUGCUCAACAUUUAGUGGCCUAAAGGUGUGUUGGAGUGCGUGGAUGCAGUCUCUGAGCAGGAGACGGGAAAUAGACGUGUCAGAUCAGCACUUAAUCACAUGCAACAUGUUUGUGAUGCUUUGUAAACAGCCAACAGACUGUGACAGAAUGUGGCGAUAAUUUUAACGGCGUGACAAGUGAGGAAAGACACUGAUUUGUUCUUCCAAAUUUCUCAUAUUUAUCAAUCAAAUGAAAGACACAGUUGGCUUUUAAAUUAGAUUCAUGUAGAAGUUGCAAACAUGGGAAGCUGCUUGGUGUUAGUUCUUUUUAGGAUAGCAAAUUAAACUUUGACUGACUGACCAGACUAGAGAUAAGGAAACGCUUUGCUCACCUGAUGACUUUUAAUGACUUUUAGCAGCCGCUGCUCUUCAGAUAUUAACUUGUUUUAACUAACAUACUAUCAAAGACACUGUCAUUCUGAUUCCUUUUUUAAAAAAAUCCUCUGUUGAAGUAAAUGAGCCCACACACCAAUAAAUAGCAUUUAUUAUUGCAUCUGUGUUGUUGUAUCAGCCAUACGAUUAAUUUGAACAUCAGUACGACAAGGCAAACAGCCAAAAAGGGGAUUUUUUUUUUACACAAUGUUAAAUGUUUUGGGGUGUUUUUCCUCUGACAGGGGCAAGGACCUCAAAUUAGCCAUAGCUAAAAGUCAUGUAUACAUGGCAUCGGUUUCUCUUUAAUUAGAUGCAACAAUGCCUGCAUUGUAAAAUAAAAUAAAUACAUAAAUAAAAAAUAAAAUAAACUUUUUUUUUUUCAGAAAAUAAAUUAACUCAAAAUCCAGCCUUAAAACAAAAUAAAAACAACUAAAAUCAAAAUUAAAAAGCCAAAAUUAACAAAACCUAAAAGUUUAUAACUAUAAUAAAUGUGUAUAGAAGUCCCUGAUGUGAUCCUGACCAUCCACUGCAUGAUGGGAACUCUCUAAUUUAACUUUCUCAUCACCUGCUGCUGGCUUCUGCUUCACACACAUGUUCUCCAUCACACUGCCGUCACUUUCUCCCUCUGAGAAAGUGGGGGAGGUUUUUAGGAAUUAAAAAAAAACGUCAGUGAUAGCCAUAGCAACAAAUGACUGCUCAUACUGUUUCACAACUUUGUUAGGGUGCACCAGAGGAAGCCCGAACCGGCCUGUGUGUAAGAGUACUGGUAUUCAGUGUACAUCGGUGAGUCAUGAAGUGUUACACCUGUUCCCCUCUCUGAGGAGAGCACAGCUGGUCCCGUCUCUCAACACACUCACGCACACACACAAUCCACAAAACACAAUCCGCAAAUCUCCACUAAGCAGGCGGGAGUUUAAAUCAAUCUGAGGAACAUCUGCCCAGUAAACACCACCGCAUUUUCCACAGUAGCCUAACUUUACUUUGAGCCUUGUAAUUAUUCUCUGUGAUGAUUCACACAGGCGCACUAACAUCUCCACAGAGGAAAACAGCUCGGUUAAAUCGCAGACACACUAUCUUUGGUUCCGGUAUCCACUUCAGGAAGCUCUGAGCGAGCAGGGACGGAAAGAGGGAAGGAAGCUUUAGUGCAUCCUAAACUCCAUCCUCAGGUUACACUUCCUAUAAUCCUCAGCACGGUAAUUAGCGCUCGUUAGCCGACUAGCCGGCUCAUGUGAUGAAGAGGAAGAGUGCGCUCGGCUCCCGCAUGCAGGCUCUGAUUUGCUGGGAUAUUAAGCACAGUCUGAAGGCCAAGCCCCUCCAGAGAGCAGAGCAGAGUGUGUGUGUGUGGUAUCAAUCCGCUGCAAUACAUCAGGACAUGGUACAUCACCUAAUUAUCAGUUCUAGUCUUAACAAGUACCUUAGCUAACACUGUAAAUAAAGAUCUUGAUGCUCAUUCAGUAGCCCGUGGCUUUUGAUGCUCAUUAGUUUCCUCAUCCUUUUGUGAGCAGCAGCAUUCAGGAUGUUGUUUUUUUCCUUCUGACUUCAUAACAGCGAACAUAUCACCAUCAAGGCCUGUAAUAUACUGUAUAUACACAUAUAUAUAUAUAUAUAUAUAUAUACACACAUAUCUCUGACGUUAUUGGAUUAUCAGAUUUCAUGCACAGAGACUGGUUUCAUAUGUACAGUCUGCAUCAAUAGAAAAUAUGUCAGCAGGUAAUCGAUGGGACAUUUUUGACUAAUGAGACUGUGUUUGUCCCCUUACAGUGAAGGAGGAUUGUGUGUCAGAUCCCGAGGAUGAUGUGAGCACGGACGCCCUGGUGGAGGAGAUGCUCCAGCAAGGAGACACAGCCGUCAUUUACCCAGAAGCCCCAGAGGAUGAGCCUCAACGCCAGGACACCCCUGACGCCAGCAUCCAUGAUGAAAACGGUACAUAAUAGAUAAUGCACAGCACCUGCAGCCCAUCUAUGUUACACAAAAACAACAUUUCAGUCAGAGCCUCUUGAGUCAAAUAAAAGGAUUUAUGUUGUAUUUGGUGGUAUGGCUAUGAGAGCUCUCUGCCAGUCCCCAUGUGUUUGAGGAAUACUAUAGCCAGAGGUGAGAGGAGCACACCUCCCAUCUCUUUCACAGAUACACAUGAAAAGCCAAGGCAGGGAGAGUAGCAGCAAAAAACUGUAGUGUGUAAAAUAAAGCAGGCAUUAAUUACAAUAUGUAUGUUUCAGACAAAUCAAACCAGAUCCAGCGUCCAAGCUCACCUUAUGUUUGUAUGUUUGGACAGACUGUAGCUCAGCUUGACUGUGCAUGUAAAUGUACUGACACAACCAGGACUGCAGCAAUUUGUAAGAAUAUAAAAAUUUUUGGACCCUUGUUUUUGCUGAACAAAACCGUUUACUUGGAAAAUACAGUAACAACAGAAAAAAAAUGUGUCAUGUAGCUUUUUCAACCCAGUCCUUCCUCUGUUUGAUAAGAGGAACAACAUCAGGGCUCAUGGUUUACCUGAAAAAGCUUCUUGGUAAGCUGAAGUUGCAAUCUGUUGUUGAAUUUAUCGACCUUUUUAUGAUAAGAUAAAACAUAAAAGUCAAUAUUUUCGUGUAAGUGCUGUAAAAGUAUUUAACAGCUUUGAUAACAGUGUGUGAGCAUAUAAAAAAAAAAAAGUGCUGCAAUUUUUUAUUUUAUUAUUUUGCAGAACAAAAACGUUAAUGGAUUUUUGGAAAUAUUGUUGAAAGUUUCUGCGUUUAGCGUCUGUUUCAAUGGCCCUUUUUGAUACCGCCAGUUUUAAGCACUAAAUGGUUGGAGUUCAGUGAGGUUUGAAAGGGGGGACCAGAUUUCACAGAGGUGAAAUGGGAUCACUAUGAGCCGGCGAGGGCAGGCGAGGCUGGGUGUGUUUACAUGUCUGAGUGUGUGUGACUUUGAAGCUCCUGCUGUUUGUAAUCGCUCACAAAACGUUGUAUUGCAACAUGAAGUCAUGCACAGGGAUACCAAUGUUACACCCGUGCAGGGUUAAUGCAGAAGUUUAAGGGUGUGAUCUGUUGCAGACUUACAGGACAACAGUAUGAUGGUACAUAUUCACACACACAAAAAAAGAGGAAUAUAAUGUCAUUAUUAUCUUCACAAGCAGGGUGCCUAAAUCACACACUCUCUAUUUCCACCUGAGAGCUCACAGCCACUGAGCUCUCACACUAUUACUGCUCCUACAAAGUAAUUACCGACCCCCCGGGACGGCUCUACCUGCUCCCCAUCUCACCUCAGGUGUUAACUCCACCCCAUUAACGCCACUCUCCGACAUCAUUACACACACUGCUAUUUGUUAAGUGCAGCACACUGGGGCCUUUAUUGCCCCUGGGCUUUUGGCUUUUACCUGCUGCGGCAGCAGAGGGGAAAAAAGGAAGGGAGGAGGAGGAGGGGGGAGGAAGAGAAACAGCAACACCUGAGUAAAUUUGUCACGUCUGUUCGAGCUCUGACUCACAGCUACCUGUGCGAUAAUGUGUGUGCAUUCCCAACCCCAGGCCCUCACCUGUACCACAGGGAACUUAAUACAUCACCUGUUAACAAAGUAAUGCUUUACCUGUGUGGGAGCCGGACCGCCGAGACCCUCUGUUAACCAGCAAGGAUUCAAGCAGGAGGUGGAUGUUUACAGAGCUCACUUUUCCCUACCUGCGUGGGUGUUUUUAAAACGUUCCUAUCUCACAAUAGGGAAUCAAAUGAGGGGAUUUCAGACCAGUGUAAUUGCUCCGCUUUGUGUUAGCAAUGAGCACAAUAGCAAAAAUAAAACCCAGCCCUCCUCUGGCAGUAAAGGUUGUUAUUUAAAAACGACAGGAAGGUGUUACUCUGAAUCACUAAUCAGUUCUCAUCCAUUUGGUUACCUGGCUGCUGUUUACCUGAGGGGGAGGAUCUCUCACAGCCCGGUGAAAAAGCAGAGGAGUGUUACUCAGGCUGGCCUUGUGUAACAUCAAAGAGCUCGAUUGACCCUGAGGUUUUUAACCCUUUCUUCUCCCUCCUCCUCUUACUCUCACUCUCACCCAUGUCAUUAUCUCCCAACAGGAACUCCUGAUUCCUUCUCUCAGCUGCUCACCUGUCCGUACUGCGCACGUGGCUACAAGCGUUACAGCUCGCUGAAGGAGCACAUAAAGUACCGGCAUGAGAGGACGGAGGAGAGCUUCAACUGCCCUGAGUGCACCUACAGCUUUGCAUACCGUGCUCAACUGGAGAGGCAUAUGACGGUCCACAAGAGCGCGCGAGAUCAGGUAAGGAUCAGGUCACAUCCAGGCCCACCUUCAGCGAGGGCUGCGCAGCUAAGCCCAAAAUGAUAACCAUGCUUAUUCAGGCCAAAACUGUGACAUAAUUAUUUCACUGAUUCAGGCGAAGCAAGUAUAUAUACAGCACACUUCAGCAACAAGGAAAAUUAGAGUGCCUCAAACAAGAUAAUAAAACAAUCUCAAAGAAAACAUUUAAAAAUCCUAAAAAGUGACAUUAGAUAUCUUUAAAACAGGCCGUUGAUGUUAAAGCUUUCACAUUUAAAUAAGAACAAUAAUACUUUUAUUAGGGUUUUUAUCUAACAUAUGGAGUAGGGGGGAAAAGUCAGCAGUAAGUUGAUGUAUUGCUUUUACAUUCACUUGUUACAAAAAAAACACCUAAAAAAAAAAAAAAACUAACUAUUGAAUACCUAACAAAACAGUCAGACUUGAGUCAAACCAGUAAUCAGCUCAACUCCUUAUCAACAGUUAUACGUGUUUGAGUCAGUGCUGCAGCUGUGUGCACUCACACUCCCCAAAUCUGUGUUAUUUUUUACGUGAGUGGUCAUUAUCUGUAACAAUAACGUGUAUGAUUGGAGUGUUUCCUCAUCACUAACCAGUGGGUCUAUAUUGUUCAGUAGCAGAGCUGUCUGUUUUGUCUUUUUACUCAAUAUGUUCCUGCUGUGCUGGGAAAACUUCACAGUGGUUAUGAGCAGAUGUCACACUGAUGCCACCAGUGUUUUCUGGGGCCUCCUUUAAUGCUAUUGACCCCUGCUUGAAGCAGUAAAAGGCAAUUACUCUUCUUGUCGUUCGCUAGGUUGAUAAUAAAUCAAAACAGAUGUGUCAUCUCAGCCCUAGACGGUUAUGUAGGGGUGGAGUUGACACAGACAGGCAUCGUUCUUCUUCUCAUGUUAGUGUAAAACAAAAUCAUUGGCUUUGAAAAUGUUCAGGAGAAGCGAAUCAGGACUUGUUACUCAAGGCUCUUAAUUGGAAUCAAUAAUAGAGAGGGUCGCUCUGCAAUCAAGUGAGCAGUUAGCGGUUUGGUUGAAAGCUGUGUUUGGGAGUGCUUGAUGUAAUAACAGCUGUCAACCUUGUUUUCUUAAUCUGUGGGAAAGCUGAAUCAUGACUGGGACUAAUAUUCAUGUAGUUGUGCAGCCCUACUCUAAAGUGAAUUAUAUUCUGCUCUGAUAGUGGAUAAAGAAUGUUCUUCGUGUUCUAAGAUAAAGUAACAGUGAAAUCUUGAGCCCACUUUCUUAUGUGAGAUUCAGACUCUGACUCAGACUCAGACUCUGGUAGAUGGUUUUAGAGUUUUUUCCUGAGAGUAUGAUACUGUUUUAAAUACUCUUAUAACCCCUGAAGACUCCUUGAGACCGCUACCCUACCUAAAUCACACAUGUUAACGCUCAGAAUGUUUUUAUGCUGUUCAUACCUGAAAAAAAUUAUAUAUAAGUAUUCUAUACUUUUAUACCUAAUGUGAUGCUUGUUAAAUAAUGACCUGUAUUCAAAUCAGCUGCCCCUCAACCUACAAUGUAUACUCACUCAUUAAAUAUUGACACUUAUCAACCUGUGCUCAUGUAUACAUGUGUAUAGGAUUAUAUUUAUAUAUAUAUAGUUUUAAGUAUUUGUACAAUUUUUAUAUAUGUAUCAACACCAGCAGUUUAAUCAUUCGAUAUGUACAUUAAAUUGAGUAUAUAUAUAAACUUUAAAUCUCUGUUACACCAACACAAAAACUGUUAAUAUAUAAUAUAAUAUUGUAGCUAAUUUUAAUCAACUUAAAUAAAGGGGAUAAAAUAGGCACAAACAUUGUGUAAGAUUGAUUGACUUAAAACAGGUUUAAGGAGGUAAAAGACUAAAUUUAUGCACGUUUCUGUUAAAAUGUAGCUCUCUUUGCUUUAAUUAAUAUUUAAUGAAAUUGUAUUUUUUAAGCAAACUUAAAACAAAUAAUGCAGUUCAAAGUUUUUUGCCACAAAAAAAAACAGAAAAAGAAAACAACUAUAAAAGUUUUGCAGAGUAAAUCAAACAAUAUCAGAAGCAAAAAAAAUUAAUUUAAAAAGCUGACAUAAAAGUCAGAUAAAAUACGAUGAUGCUUAUCUUUAAAAUAAAAAAGAAACAAUAAAUAAUUUAAAGUUAUUCUUACUCUUAUUAAUAGACAGUAUUAUUUAUACUCAGUAUUUCGAAUAUCAGUAUUCCCUGCUUCUCUUUAAGAUGAAUAUUGUAAUAUUUACAUGUAACAGUCUACACGAUCUGUGCUCUCUUUUCUUCACUUCUCCGUCACCUGUGAUCAGUUUAAGUUAAAUACCUGGACUGAUGUUGGAAUGAAGCUCUAAGAAAGUGAUUUUCCAAUUAUGCAAACCUACACAGACACUCACGUCUUGUUCCUUUAGUAGCUCCAAACACGAUAAAUAAACAUGAGCUUUAGCCCCUGAUUGAUUAAUGACACAGUGACAUGAAUUAGCAGGAGUUCAAAGGUUGUGUUUUUAUUGUGUAUCUCACUGGACGUCUCUCUCUCUCUCUCUCUCUCUCUCUCUCUCUCUCUCUCUCUCUCUCUCUCUCUCUCUCUCUCUCCCUCUCUCCCCCUUUCUCUCUCUUCAUCUGACAGAGACACAUCACACAGUCGGGAGGCAAUCGUAAAUUCAAGUGCACUGAAUGUGGCAAAGCAUUUAAAUACAAGCACCACCUGAAGGAGCACCUACGCAUCCACAGCGGUGAGUGGACAACCCCUGUCACCAUGGUAGCAUCCUGCGUAUAUGUGUGCAUGAGUGUGUGUGUAUGCUACUGUAUAAUCCCUGUUGCCACCAGUGUCUCAGUGUCCAUUGAAUAUUUAUAUUUUAUUUCAGUUUAAGCCAACUCUUUGUGUUGAGACAUCCUUCAUUGUGUAGCAGUGCUUUGUGUGCUCUUCCUUAAUGUGCCAUAAUUGUGUUUCUUUUGGCAUUAUGGGACAGCAAUUAGAGAAGGCCAUUUCCCAAUGGUGCCAUUACAUCAUUGUUAAGCAUCAUUGACAUGCAUUAAAGCUUUUUCCUGCUCAUAGCCGAGCUUGUUCAUUUAGCUUCAUUCACUAAUGGAAAUCUGUGUCUCCCCCCUCUACCUCUAUCUCUCUCUGUCAAACAUAUUCUGGUUUUAUUCAGGAGAGAAACCCUACGAGUGCUCCAACUGCAAGAAGCGCUUCUCCCACUCAGGCUCAUACAGCUCCCACAUCAGCAGUAAGAAGUGCAUCAGCGUCAUCUCAGUGAACGGCAGACCGCGCUCGGGGAACACCAAAGCCCAAAACCAGGGUCCAUCACCGGCGCUGCCCACGCCCCCUUCAGUCCUCCGCACUCAGAUUAGGGAGAAGCUGGAGCACAGCAAGCCCCUGCAGGAGCAGCUCCCCCUCAACCAGAUCAAGACCGAACCUGUGGACUACGAGUACAAGCCAACGCUGAUCUCAUCUCCUGCUGUGACCACCAUGAAUGGAGGGAUCUUCAACGGAGGUGCUGCUGCUCCUCUUCAGGGCACAGUACAGGCCGUGGUCCUGCCCACUGUGGGGCUGGUGUCGCCUAUCAGCAUCAACCUGGCAGACCUGCAGAAUGCUCUGAAAGUGGCGGUGGAUGGUAACGUCAUCCGCCAAGUGCUAGAAAGCAACGCCAAAGGACAGGGGCAGGUGAACUCGGGGUUAACCACUGGAACUCUCCAUCCCCCACAGCAGCAGCUCAUCUCAGCCAUCAGUCUGCCCAUUGUGGGUCAGGAUGGAAAUGCAAAAAUCAUCAUUAACUACAGUCUGGACCCCAACCAGGGUCAGGUCACAGCUCAGAACCUGAAGCAGGAGCCUGAGCCCAUUUCACUGGCCCAGAGCACCACAGACACCUUCAAGUCCCAGAAACUUCCUGAAGAUCUCACCACCAGAGGCUCCAGGCCCCAUGAGACUAAAGAAAAAGAGGAAAAGACCACUAAAACAUGUCUCCUGUGUGAUAACUGUCCUGGGGGGCUGGAAGCUCUCCACGCCCUCAAGCACUGCAAAAAGGAUGGUCUCAGGCUGAAUGGAUCUGGCCUGGAUAAGUCUGAGUCUGCUGUUGCCGCCCUGUUGUCAGAGGGAGGACUUUGCAACCAGCCUAAGAACCUGUUGUCCCUGCUCAAGGCCUACUUUGCCUUAAACGCAGAGCCCACCAAGGAUGAGCUGGCCAAGAUCUCUGACUCAGUCAGCCUACCAGUCCAUGUGGUUAAGAAGUGGUUUGAUAAAAUGCAGGAGGGGCAGAUAUCACUGGGUGCACCAACACCCCCCUCAGAGGAGGAGGAUACCUGUGAAGCUGGCAGCGUGGUGUCUCUGGUCCCAGGCAAGGAAAUGGCCAUGAGCCCCUCUGUCAACCAAGACAGCCCCACAGAGGCCACCCCAGCGGAAGUUAACGGCACCCACAGCUCGCCAGCCUCCCCCUCACCACUAAACCUGACAGCUGGAGGUCCUGUCCCGAUCCAGCCGUCCCCCAGCACUGAGGGACCCCUAGACCUGUCGCUGCCAAAGCCCGCCAGAGAGGAGGCAGAGAGGGUGGUGACUAAGUCCCGAGUUUACCCCUCUCCUCCCUCAGGCUCUACCAGUGUGGAUGAACCCCUGAACUUAACUUGCACAAAGAAAGACGCAUCGCCACUCUCAGCCAUGGGCGGCAGCCCCAUCGCACUGUACGCCAGCCAGCCAAGUGCCAAACCCCUCGACAUUGUGACCACAAUGCAAUGCCUCAGGGCACUAUCCACUAACAACAAACAGACUAUCCUGAUCCCUCAGCUGGCUUAUACCUAUACCACUACAGCAAGCAGCCCAGCAGGGACCGAGACCCAGGAGACCAUCCACCUCAACGGAAUCAAGGUGAGCAGCCAUGAGUGUCCUCGAAUUCAUCAGCUAGGAUUCUCAGUCUUAAAAGUUUCAAGGACAUUCCAAGACUAUAUGCAGAAAGUUAAAGGAGUACAUGUAAAUAAUGAUGUAGGGCUGGGCGAUAAAACCGAAAAUCUACUGAUACUGAAAUUUACAACAAUAACCAAUGUCAUUUUGCCCAUGUCAGUAUAUUCGGUGUCAAAAAAAUAAAUAAAAUAAAAGUUGGUUUUGGAUGUGUGUAGGUAGGCUAUGGUCUCAUUUCCCUUAAAGACGCUGUGCUAUGUCGGAGACAUGACUCCAUCCAGUCUGUAAGAAAGAGGGAAAGACAGGUGAGGAGAUAGAUGACGGUUCAAAAGUUGUAGUGGCUGGAGCAGCGGCUGAAGUAAACAAAGUCAAUGUGGGAGGGAGUCAUCGUCCAUUUAUUGUUAUCGAGGUGAACUGCUCAAUAUAUUGUGAUAUUGAUUUGAGGCCAUAUUGCCUAGCCCUAGAUCAAUGCCAGAUAACUUUACUUAAACAGAUACAAAGGGUGUUUUCCUGAAAACUAUAGGCUGUUAGCUGUGUACACACACAAUCACAAAUGUAGGUUUUUCUUCCACUAAUGUGAAGAAGAAGGGAAACAGAAAUGCUGCCAAUGCACCCUAAGGUUUUUUGUGGCAACAGGUAAGAUCUGUGAAAAGAAAAGAAUUAUGUAAAGGAAUGAAUGCAUUAUAUUACUUGUUAAAGCAAAAUGAGUGUUUACCAUUUAUCAACUUUUUGAACUUAUUAGAUAAUAAUAUAUAUAGUAUACAGGAUAUGUAUUUAAACUUAUAGUGAUGGAAAGAAUCAAUCACUACCACAGAGCGGUCCAUUACAAUAAACUAAACUACUGUUUUUGAAUGACAGAGUAGUUCCCAAGGAACUACUACUUCAUCAGGUUUGUCAGCAUUGAAGUGUUUCUCAAGUUUCAUUUAAUAGCAAACUGAUUUUGCUCUUUUAUAAGUAGUUAUUGAGUGUCUGAUCUGGUUGUCAUUUUGAGAAACAAGUGGAUCAGAAUGAAGUUUUUUUUUUCUCUUUAGGGAGCAAUCAGUCAAAGCCCUCAGUCUGGAUCAUUACUUCUUAUUGUUCAGAAGCAUCAGAACAUGAUAGAUAGUCUGAAAGCAUCUCAGAUCUAAUCAAUAAGUCUUAUAUAGAAACGUCAGAAUUCAGCGCUUUGUAAAAAUGAUAGCCCUUAAUAGUUCUUCAUUGUGCAGACACCUAAUGGGCCUGUAGUGAUGGAUGUAGAUCUCUGGGUGUGUGUGAGUGAUCUUCCUGGGCUGUCACCAGGAGGACAUGAGGCUGCACUUAACUGCAGAGCUUCUAUUGAUCUGCAGGAAUCUGUUUAAACAGCACACCUCUGCCUGCCUCAUUGAUUUAUUGUUGUUGUAUCAUACUUUCUUGUUAAGUGGAUUGGCAUAGACCUGCCCUGUAAAAAAGAGCACUGUGUAUUAUAUUUCUUCUCCUUAAUAUUGCCCCACAUCCUUUGACUGCAUCACUGAGGACUUUUAGCAGUCCUGGGAGAGGGGAAAUCUGUAGGUGUGCUCAUAAUAUGUUUCAUAGCAAAGGAAAUAUUGGUUAAGUGCAAUUUCACGACCGUCUCCAGAGAGAGCUCUAAGGAGGCUCCAGACUGGUCUGGGGUUCUUCACACAGAUAUGGAGAUUUUAGAGAUCUCUGUCCUAAUCUUUAGGUCAGUGCCUGCUCGUGCUGUGUGGAGAUAAGUUGCUGCAUGAACAGAAUUUGAACUUAAGUGCAUAUCAUAGGGUGACCAUAUUCUGAAUCCCCAAAAAGAGGACACUACUACGCGGGGCAGAGUCCUGGAGUCGCACCUAGUAAAUGUUGAGUGUUUUUCAGGUGGGGUCGAGUGUUUUUUACGCGCCUCUCACUCAGUUAGUCCACGUGACACAAACUCAGAACUUCCGUACAAAACCCCUGACAUUUGAAGGAUCUUAUAAACUUCCUGGACAAGGCCCAAAGAGAAGGACAUGUAUAGGUAAAAGAGAACAUAUGGUCACCCUAGCAUAUCAUAAAAAAAGAAAAAUAUUAAUACCAGUGUUGACGCAAAGGCAACAAAAAAGUGAACUCCUGUGCUCAAAAAUGGACAACUUUUUUAUUUUUGAUCUGAAGCGUGUGCAGUGUUCCUGCGUACUGAAUACAGACCAACAUACGAUGUCCUUUUAACAGUAAUAAAGGGCAACGCUAAUGCAAUUUUCCUAAAAACUGAUAUGUAACCAAAACGGAGUGUUUCCUGUGAAUUAUCAUUCAUAACCCAGAGGGGCUGUGUAUUUUGUACUUUCUCUUUCGUUUGUUCCACGAGCUUUGGUGCUUUUCAAUGUCAAAUGUGAAACUGUCAGACAUGGCAUCAUUUUAGAGGAUGUGGUAUUGAAAAGGAACAAUGUCUUGAAAAAUCUGACAACAUUGAUACAGAAAUUUCUAAACUAUGGAGUCAAAGUACACUCUGCUGGUUCAAAUAAAUGACGCACAAUGUCUAAACCAGCCCCAGCAUUAUUCUAUGUGUUUAAAUGUUGUUUAAAAAAUAAGAAAGAAAAGGUAAAAAAAUAUUGUGAUAUUGGUCAGUGGAUGUAUCUGUCAGGCCUGGUUAAAGAUACUCAUCUCUUUUUCCACUCUUUCUGGUGUAAAAACAGAUAAACUUCAUUUUAAAUGUCCACUCAUACAUGUCUGAUUUGUCAUUUUCUCCAGGAGGAGAGGUCAGACUUAGGCCUAGAGAGCAUGUCCAACAUGGAGGAGCAGAACGACUCAGACUCAGGCCCUCAGAGGAAGAAGAUGAAGAAGACAGAGAGCGGCAUGUACGCCUGUGACCUCUGCGACAAGAUCUUCCAGAAAAGCAGCUCACUGCUGAGACACAAAUAUGAACACACAGGUAAAUGCAAACCUCCAUGUGUUUCUCAGGCCUACAUAAAAAUAUGACCAAAAGAAAAACACAUAACCGGAACUUGUCUCACCAUCACGUACUCUUGGCUCCUGGGAAAGAUGAGUCAGUGUGUGAGCGAAAAGGGGAUUUUGAGCUUGAGCGUAAAGAAGGGUGGACACCUCCAUUCCUGCAGGUAUUACUCAACAUGCACAGAAGAGGUCUGAGAAGUUCUUUCCGCCAACUCCCCACCUCUGCACUGCCAGCUUCUCAUGUGAAGCACCAAAUGUUGCAAGAGGCGAGCUCUGGUAGUGAUUUGGAUCGUUCUGAGAUGAUGAUUCUGUGGCCAAGUGCAGGUCAAGGCUCUCAGAGGCGUUUUACUUUUUUUCUUUAUUACUCCGAUACCUGGCUUGCAAACACAGUUUUCAGCUCCAAAUGACCUCAUGCUAGGUGAAACUAGCUGUUCCCAGCCUGGAUAAAGUUUCCUUGAAGGUUUUAGAGAGCGUUUGUUGUGAUUUUGUUGUAAUGUUUUGACAUGCUCUCCUUGGAUACAUUGAUGAUAGAUGCUGUUACAAACCUCAACUUCAACCUUUUACACACUACUGAGAGGGGAUUCACUGAUUGCACUGUAGAGUUUUGUUUUGGUAUGAACAUUUUUCACAUUGUAAGGGCAGUAAGCAGAAAAUAAAAUAAAAAAAACUAUGAAACAACCAAAAAGGCAAAUAAAACUAGGACACACUGUUUUUGAUCAAUAAAUGUAGGGAUUUGAAAAACUUUCUGAACAGUCUAUCAGGGAAUAGUCUCAUUGGCUGCUAUUCCACUCACUCUUUUGACUUAGUUGUUUGAAAUGGGUUAUCUCCUCUCCAAGGAUAUGGUUUGUUUGAUGGUAUUUACCAAAUGGCCUGCAUUAAAAUUAAUUUCUGAAUCCUGUUUUAUAAUAUCCAAGCAAAAUCUUUGGAGAGGUGUUAUCUCAACUUUUCAAAUGAGGGACAUGUCUAAGUUUAGUGCUCGCACUAAAAACAAACCAAUAUUCUUUUAAUGAAUAUUUUCCUCAUUAAUCCAACACUGUCACACACUUUGAUGUUACUCUCUGGUAAAAAGAGGCAAGUGGGGGGAGGGUCUUGUAACACUUCCAACUGGACAGAGGCAUAGUGUAGUGUGUCAUGGGUGCCAUUAUGCCAAGAGAAGUGUAAGAAGUGCCCAAAAAGUGCUGCUAUGCCAAGGGAGGUUCAUUGUAGAACUUUGGCCUGUACAGAGGCUAUAGUCCUCAAAGUGGGCUACCUGGGAUUGAUGCCAAUAUACAAUAAAUCCCCACUUUCCCUCUCAGUUUCCUGCUGUAGUCACUCUCCUAUCCCUCUUAAGAAAAGCAUAAAAUCUCAAAAAUAUACUAAAAAUCAAGAGAAGUAGCGACACUCUGCCUGCCCACUUUGAGUGCAGAAGUUUGACUCAGCUUUUUCACUUUUUUCCAACUUCAAAAAUAACCUCUGCAAUUUAGUAUGAAGAAAUGAUCAGUCCUCUUGCUGUUUAUAAUGUUUUACAUUACAUGCUAUAAAGACAGGUCGGUAUAGACCCUUUUUUGGUUGGCAUCACCCUGACUUCACAGUACUGGCAAGAGACAAAAAAAACUGGAGGCAAACACAUAUUCCUGUAGCAGGGUUAAGGUGACAUAGGAGUCUUGAAAUGUCAUCUUUAGGUGUUGUUGGUACCAGAAUAGAGAAACUAAUUGCCUCGAAACCAAUAUUCUACCAUUUACCAGCCACCACUGCUUGUCCACAGAAACACAACUUCAGUUAAAUGCAACCAGACUAAAGGACUGAAUGGAGGCACUCAUCCAAAACACCAGAUGAGGGUUAUCAUUACCAGUUAAUCAGACAUUGAUGAGGCUUCCAGAGGAGGAGUACUGGAUUUCUCUGUAACAUCAACUGUUUUAUCACAUGAGCUACUGUUAGCUUUGUUAGCAAAACAAACCAGGAAACUAUGUAUUUGUCAUUCUUUCGUAUGAUUGCCAAACACAAAUAUAGUUGUCCAAGGACUUACACGCCUUCAGUUUGUCAGUUUAAAAACUCCUCACAGUCUUUUUAAAAACCCAGCUUUUCAACAGAACUUGUUCCAGGUCUUAAAACUGGUGCAGAACUACUGUGUUUGCUGAGCAUAUAGCCCUGUGUCUUCAGUAAUUCUUUUUGAUGUUGUUUCACAUGGUCUGGGGUGUCCUUUACAGUGGUGUCAUUUCACAGUAAAAGUUUCCAGCAGGACUUUUAUUGUUCCUGAGUUAUAAGUGUUUAUAAAAAUAUGAUUAAGAGUUAGCAGCUCUCUUUGAACUUUUACAAAAAUAUUCACAGAGCUGCACUAACAGUAAAAGGUUUUACUCCUUAUACUCAUAUGGCACAGAUUAUCAAAGCUGUUGAACGAUCCUACAUAUGGAAGUGAUAGCGGAGUACACUGACUGUUUUUAUCUGCAUCACUUUGCAGUGUUUAUUGUUUUGUUUGCUCUGUCUGCAUUUUUUUCACUCAACAUUAUUUCAUUUUUCUCGAACAGAAAUGUUGAUGUUUAUUUAUUUUUCCUCCCUCUGCAGGGAAGCGACCACACGAGUGCGGCAUCUGCACCAAGGCCUUCAAACACAAACACCACCUGAUCGAACACAUGCGCCUCCACUCGGGGGAGAAACCGUACCAGUGCGACAAGUGCGGCAAGCGCUUCUCCCACUCAGGCUCCUACUCGCAGCACAUGAACCACCGCUACUCUUACUGCAAGAAGGAGACGCAGAGCCAAGGAGGAGGCCCAGGGAGCCCAGAGGAUGACGGGGAGGCUCAGGCCGAGCUGGAGGCUCUGAAUCGGUUGCAGCAGCUCCUCGGCUCCUCCCAGCUGGACUUAGACGAUCGAGGGAGCAGCACCAGAGAGGAUGAGGAGAGCGAGGAAGAGGAGGAGGAGGAGGGCGCAGUGGACAUGAAUGACAUCCAGGUGGUGCAGAUAGAGGAGGAAGGAGGGGAUGAGGAAGAGGUAGCAAGGAAUGAGGAGGAGAUAGAGAGAGUAUUUGUGGAAGGAGGAGCAGAGGAGGAGAUGGAAGUGAGAGAGGAGGCCGACACAAGGCAGGAGGAGGUGCUCGGCAGUAUUCAGGAAGAGGAGGAGAUCAAAGGGGAGGGUGAAGAAGAGGAGGAGGUGAUGGAUACAGAAGAAGGGGUGACGCAAGAAGAGAAAGCAGAGGAGGAGGUGACGGAGGAGAGUGGAGGCGAAACAAACAAGGAGAUGGUUUCUGAAGACCAGGAGCAGACGUCACAGGAGGAAGGAGACUAAGAGAGGAAUCAGACUCCUCCAUGAGACACAAUCAGACUCCUCCUCUCCCCGAGCAGAGGAGGAGCAGAGGAGGCGACGUCUGGUCACUCUGACUGUUUGUUUCAGUUCACUACUGUGUAGAAAUCCAGGUGUGCCUGAAAAAUACUAGUGACUUUUCCACAGGAGAACGAUGUCUCACUGUUAGAGAAAUCCAUUUGUAAAAAAAUGAAGACAAACAUGAAUUUUAACAAACGAAGGAGAUGCAUUAUACAGACUUUGGAAGCUAGAGCCGACACGUUUUAGAUAAUGUUUUAUUACUAAAACACCUUGGGUCAUUUCUUUUUAUCAGUGUUACUAAUUUUAUCACUCAUAUUUUAACCUUUAAAAGCUGUACAGUUGGGAGAUAUUUCUAUACCUUUUUAUUGCCAAUGAACAAAAAAAGUCAGUAUUUUAUUAAGUUGGAAGGAAAAUAAGAAAAUCCUGUGCACUACAAGUGGCUUGGUUUACCUUUGGAUUCAACAGUUGAGUUGUGUUUUCUACCCUUCAGUAUUACCGCACUAGAUGUACCACGCCAUCACGCUAGCAGACGUUAGCAUGACUUAGAUUUUUUUUUUUUUGUUUUUGUUGAUUGGACUGCGAGCCUUAAGAAGAAAACAAAGGAGAGCGGGAAUGGUUCCUUUCAGCCAUUUUGAUUCUUUUGGACACAUUACUGUCAAAGUUUCUGUCCACACAGUGAUCUAUAGGAAAAGUUUGACACUUUGGGAAAUGUGCUUUUUUCUUUGUUUUGAUGGAGUUAGAUGAGUAGGUAGAUACCACUUUCACACCUCUCCUGUUUGCUUAGCUCCAAACAAGGACCAGCAUAUUAGGAACAGCCAAAUCAAGCUGAACGUAGUUUGAUAAAGCUGGCAGUUUUUUUUUUUUAGUGGAGAUGUUCCCAAUGACACAUUUUUUUAGUCUUUUACUUAAAAAAAAUAAAUGUCAAUUCCAACUAUAGCUGUCUGGAUUACAAGUAAGAAAAGUCUGAGAAAACGAAGGAAACUAUCACAUUUAGGUAACCUGGCUAUAUAUGCUUGUGCUCGGGUGGUGAACAUGGCUAACAUUAGCAGAACUAGCACCUUCAUGUUUUAGCCCUCAUCGUUAGUUCACAUCCCCAUGCACAUGCAGGACACACAUUGAUCCGGUCAGGUGUUUUUGUGAUGGAUUAACCAGAUAGAGCAGAGAAUCAUUACAGCAUUACAGCUGUACCUACAUACUUGGCUACAGAGCAGACUAGUGGUGGGCAGCUGUGCUGCAGCUUCGACCCAACAUAUGCCUGGCAUCGUAGGUGCACAAUGAGCAAAAUAUUAUCGCUUCAUUACUCUACUAGAAAGUUAAGUUACAACCAGCAAAGGUUAAAUAUAUUUCGAUUCAGAUCCAGUAGGUUGCAAUCAUGCAUACCAGACUGAAACUGGUGAUCCUUAACUAGAUCAUCCUCUUACCUUUAAAGCUUCUGUGAGGAACUUUUAUGGGCUGAUUAUGGUCAAAAAUAAAGCCUAAUGACUUUGCCACUCUUAUUCUGUACAAGAUGGUACUAUUUAAUAUAAAAUCGUACCCUGCUUUCUUUAAACAGUUAGAUUAAGUGUCUGAUGAAUUUAAAGCUCAAAAGGUAGUAUACAUGACUUAUGGUUCAAAAAGGAGGGUUUUUGUGAAAAAAAGUCACCCGUUGGACAGACUCCAACAGGUUUCCCUCUUGAUCCUCAAAGAGAAAGUGACCCCUUUGUGAUCCAGUCUCCUCUUUAAUAACUUAUUUUUGCACCUUCUCUCAUCUUCUACUCCAGAAAGUAAAGUAAGUGUAUUUUCCCAAAAUGUCAAAUUGUUACUUUAACCAUUCAGAGCGAGAACUGUCUGACCCUCUCCCUACCUUCCCCGUACUCCGAGCCAUAUGCAAAAAAACCUAAACAAGAGAAACAUGCAUAUCAAAAGUGCCAUUGAAUAUUGCUGUUGAAGCUUAGCAGCAGCUAUCAGGUUUUGCCAGGGCCCAGAUCAACCAUUUAGCCGGGAUACUGUUGACUUUGGCUCGACACCGCACCUGAAAGAGCAGCCGACCACAUCCUCAUGUAUGAUAGAUUUUAGGAAAGCUUCUUUUGUGUCUAAUCUGAGCAGCGAAAUGAAUUACAAUGCACAUGUUUUCUAACAGACGCUGAGGAAGUCUGGUUUCUGACUGUGUCCUGCCUUUCAAAGCUUAUUCAGUGCACUUGUUUGACACACCUUGACACGCUCUGAUGUCUCUUCAGGUAACAAAAUGAAGGCGAAUAUAAAUCCCAGGAGUUCAAUUCAUCACCUUUUUACCUGUCAGUAUUAUUUUUGUCUCCUUUGUUGUCGUAUGUUCUGUUUCAGUGUGUGUACUGUAUGUUUUCAGCAAUGGCAGUAUUAUCCCAGCCCCCACGGAGAUGGGUAUGUCUGUUAGUCCUGUUUAGAGAACUUUUAUAUUUAUGUGUCUUAUUUUUUAUAUUUCUUUAUGGUUAUUUAUUACACUAUGUAGUGUACAAUACUGUAGUUUGUAUUAAUACGAUAAUAUAUUUUAGUAUGGGAAAAAAAAACAUUCAAAGGCAAAUAACUACAAGCCUGGAAAAUGAGACUCCGGCGUACUGAAGUAUGUUUUUCGAACAAACAAAAAGAUGUUUUUCCUUGGGAGAAGAAGAAACUCGCACCCUGCAAGCCUGAAAAUUGGAACCUGUGACCUCUCUGCAUCCAUUCUCAUGUUAGUUUAGUUUUCUUUCCCCUCUCUAAUAUGAAGCUACUGAACUUUUGAAAACUAAUAGUAUGUCUAAUAGCAUGAGUGUGUGCUGUUUUAUUGAAGGAUUAUCCUUAACCACACAAACUGUCCUUUUUGCCAAGCCAAAAUAAUAUUGACGUAUGUUCUUUUUAUUUGUGCCAAUUUGUUACUUUAUAUGUCAGUGUCAAGACCACGCCCACUUUUAUAUGCCCCCUGCCUUUAACACCAUCAUCCUUUUUUAUAGUGAUUGUUUUUGGUUGUUUCUUUUAUUUUUUGUUCAUUUUUUAUGACUCCCCAUCUCACAAUAAAAUACAUCAAUUACA